AAGUAAAUCACAACCAAUGUCAGUCUGUGUGCCAGUAUACAUUCAAAAUGGCGCAAUAAACAAAAGAACAAGUUCGUUUGUGUUUUUUUAUCCGACAAGUAAUAAAUAAUUAUAUAUUUAUACUAAUAAAUACAACAUACUAAAUCAUUAAGACCUGGCUAUUGUAAAUUAUAAACUGUAUAGUUUCGGUCAAUCAGCCAAAGCUGUAGUGUUGGGGAACACAGAGUUUAACAUAAAAACAUGUUUGAACUGUAAGAAUUCAUUUCAAAAUGAUACAGCAGAUAUGUUUAUUGGAGUUACUAAUUUUCUUCUACAGAUCUUCUGCUAUUAGUACACUUAAUGAUUUCACUAACGGUAAGAUGAUCAUUAUUUUGACACAUAAUAAGUAUAAAUUAUGUAAUUAUUUUAAAUUUAGAUGUGUGUAUGAAUUUUUGAGACUGGAAAUUUAACAUUAGGAAUCUAGUAUCUGUUUGAUAUAGACGUAUGUGAAUAUAUUUAAAUUAGGUAUUUUAAAUAUUUUCUUAAAUAAAAAUAUACAGCUCAAUAUGUCCAUUCUUUUAUGACAUUCAGAGUUUUUAGUACUUAGGUAAGAAUUCACAAUAUUUUAGGUGUAGCUUGUUACUGUAGGUUAGAUCCAUUGAAAAAAAAAAAAUUAUUUUUAUGCUUUUUUUUGAUCAUGUACCUAUAUUCUGGUUUAUUGUAUUUCAAAUUAUAUGGGUAUGCAUAUUAAAUUGGUAAAGAUGUAUUAUAUAUGUUUUACAUUUGUAAAUUAAUCAUAUUAUAUGAUUUAUUUACAAAAGGUUUUAAAAGUGUACUUAAAUACCAACAAAAUGAUAGAUAGCCCUUCUAUAUUUAUCUUUUAUUCAAUUACUUAAUGAUUUUAUUAGUAGUAUUUUAUAUUUGUAUAUUACAAGGGAAAAAUUUGUAAUUUCAAUAAAAUUUAUUUUGAGUUAUAAUAAGAAACAACAGAUUAUUCUAUUUUGAAUGUUUUAUUCAUGUAAGUUGGUAUCAAUACAAAUAUGUUAGUUCCUAUAAUAAUUAGGUAUAUUUCUAAGAACACGUAUGCUUAUUAUUUUAUUUAAAUUUUUUUUUUUCACUAUCAAAGGUUAUCUGUUUUUAUUGAACAAGGUUCCUUUUUAGAUUCAUAUUAUUUUCAUGACAGUAAAAACUAUUUUUAUGUUCUUUAAGUAAUAUUGUUUUUCACUAUAGAAUGAUACCUAUACCUUUUAUUGAAUUCAUUUUUAAUGAUUUUAAUACUUAAAAGUUAAUAGACUAUAUAUAUUUAUAAAAGAGAAUGUUGAGUAUAUGUAUAUUAGUAAAAAGGUUAUUGUGGAAAAUCAUUGGACUAUUCACUAAUGUUAAAUUGACUAUAGUUGAUUCAGGAAGUAUCCAAUUAAUUUUAUUUGAUAAGGAUAUGCUUGGGAGAAUUUUAUAUAUGAAUAAACCCAUUCAAAUGUUUAGUCCUUAAUUGUGUGUAUAAUGAAUUACAUUAUAAUAUAAAACAUAUGAAAUGUGCUAUAUUCAUGUAUAUUAUUUGUAAUAUACUAUUAUAUGGGUUACAUAUUUAGAAUGCUUACACUUUGUUUUGUUACUCAUUCAAAUUUAUAUUAUAUUAUAAUAUUUAAUUAUUAUUACAAUAAUGUAUUUUUUUAUUAUCAAAUAUGUACAAGAUGACUCAUUUAAGUGGGUACACUCAUUAUAUUAUAAAGUAUUAAUUUUUUUGGAAUUUGUUUUCUAAAACAUUUAAGAAACAAGCAGCUCUACAAUUUUUUACUUCUGUUUUUUAUUUUUGGGAUAAAACUACUACUUACUUUUUGAUUUUCAAAUGUUAACCUAUAUUAAAAGUCCAGAAAUUGAUGGAGUAUUAUUUAAAAUAAAUUUUUGAUUUUUGCCAAGCCGUUGAUGAGAUAUUCCACUUUUAAGUUUGGGUUGGAGGAGAGUAGUGGUGCAUUAUUAAUACGCUGUAGGCUGUACUGCCACACAAAUGAUAUUUCAAACUAAGCUUAAAAGUGGAAUAUCUCUUCAAUGUAUUGACAGAAAUCAAAAAUGUCAACAUUAAAAUUUAUUUUAACUAAUGCUCUAUCUUUUUAUGAAUUUUUUUAUAUAGGUUGCCAUAUAAAAAUCAAGAAUGGGUGUUACUCCCAAAAAUAAGAGUGACAAAAAAUAUCUUUAAUAUAAAAUUAUAGAGUAACUUGUAUCUUAAAUGUUCUAGAAAACAAAUUCCGGAAAAAGUUUAAACUUUCCAAAAUAAUGAGUGUACUUACACUUGAAUGGAUCACCUGAUAUACAAUUUUAACAAGUACAUUUUUAUUGGUUUUAGUAAUCACUGAGGCAGAUAUUUAUAUACUUUUACAUAUUUUUAUUGGUAAAAAAAAAAUAGUUGGUUUAUACCAACUUUAAGUUUUUGGAUUUAACUGUAUAUUUUAAAAUUGUAUAAAUUUUUAGAGUUUAUUUUAAGGAUUUCAUACAUUUUUAUAAUAAUAAUUUAUGGGAACUAUCCAAUUGAUAAAAUAUGCAUUAAGUAUUAAUUAAGUAAUGAUUACAUAUUAUAUUUUUAAGACCUUUUCAACAGCAGUUUAGUUAAUUUAAGAUACUCAAAUUUAUGUUAUGAGUUUUCCAAUAUGACAUUUAUAUAUAUAUAUAUAUAUAUCAAUAUGACUUCUUUUAAUCUUUUUUUUUAGCGCAUAUUUGGUAUUUUUAGUUCAUACUUGUAUAAAUAUUUAAAGAUUUUUAGUGCAUAUAAAUAUAUUUGUCCUAGUGAUAGGUCAUUUAUUUAUGCUAAAUACUUCUAUAUGCUAGCUAUGAUUUGGUAAUUGAAUACAUUGGGAUUCAGUUGUUUCAUAAUUUAUGGAUCAAGGAGAGGCCAAUCUUAUUUAAAUUUGGAAGAACAGAUUAUUAAAAAAAAAUUCUUGGAACGGGUUUGCCACUGUUGUAAGUUGAAAGUUAGGAAGAUAAGAUACAUUAAUUUAUUUAAUUUAUAUCUGUAAGCAAUGAUAAACCAUUGCUAAUGAAAUGCGUUUUUGAGCAAAUUUCAGUUACUCAUGUUUUGAAAUACUUUAAUUUUAAAGAUUUUCGUCUACAUUUGAUCUUACAUAAAAAAAACUACUACAACGUGCCCACUUUUUUUCUGUUUUUUAUCACUUUAUUUAAAAUAAUAUACUUGUAAUCUGUAAUUUAUUAGCUUUACAAUAAACAAAUAUGAUUUGAGGAAGACAAAUAAGGCAUGAUAAUAGCAUUCCUGAAAUUUUAUAAUUUUAUUUACUGUAGUGAUUAGGUAUUUUUAGUGUAUCUGUUUAAUAUUUUGAAAUAGACUAUUUUUAUGAUUUUUUAUGUUACGCGUGAUCUACAUUUAAUUUUUGUUAUUAUGUGUGAUUUUACUGUUAGAUUUUGUUGUUGUAUGUUAUUUACAAUAUGAUAACAUUAUUUUUAUUAACAUAAAUAGAAAAACACAAUAGUACUCAUAUCCCGAAGGGUUGGUCAAUUUUCAUCUUAUUGUCUUUGGUGGUCAAUGCUUAUUCAUCUUAAAUAAUUGUAUAGUUAUCGCCAAUUUAUUUUUCAUAAGAAUAGUGACAAUUUGGAAUGUACAAAUUAUUAAUAUUUUAUUUUAUUGUACCUACCCAAUUAUUAUGAUUUAUGUCAUAUUAUCACUACUGUGAAUUAUUAUAUUAAACAUGUUUCUAAAUAAAUCAUAAAACCUCACGAACCUCCAUUGCCUUGUAGAUAACUUGUCUACCAUACUGUAGGGCAUAGAUCACUAGCGAUAGAUAAAUCACAUGUAACUAUUGUGCACUUUUAAAUUAUUUUUUUUAAUAUUAAUAUUAUUUUAAUUUUUAGAAAAAUCUAUUAUCUCUUGUAAUGAAACUCAAUUUUUGUGCGGUUCAGGAGAAUGUAUACCUUUAAAAUGGAAAUGUGAUUUUAACCCAGAUUGUGCUGAUGGCUCAGAUGAGUUAUAUUCAUGUGGUAAAACAACUUUAAAACUUUAUUAUUAUUUAAUGUAGGUAUGUGAAAGUUUAUUAUUUAUAUUUUGUAGGUGUUCCAACUUGUAAACAUUUUCAGUUCCAGUGUGCACUAUCAAAAAAGUGUAUUUCACGGGCAUGGAUUUGCGAUGGGGAACACGAUUGUGGUCUAAUUGAGGGUUUAAAUUCUACAACAGAACAAGAUACAUCUGAUGAAGACCCAUUGCAAUGUAAUUUCAAAAAUAGUGUUUUUAAUUUUUCUAACAUUAAAUAAUAUUGAUUCAUUUAUUUUUUUAUAUAUGUGUAAGUUAAAAUACUAUUUUUUAUUUUAUUUAUGCCAGGUCAAAAAUCUGGAAGUUGUCCUCCAAAUAUGGCACGAUGUGGUAAUUCAACACAGUGUGAAUAUAUUGAAGUAUUUUGUGAUAACAUUACACAUUGUGCAAAUAGCAUGGACGAAGGAAGUUUUUGUGGUAAAAAUAUUAAAAAUAAUAAUUUUAUAAGUUUUAUUAUAAGAAAUAUAUAAAACUCUUGUAGAUAAUAUGGUUCCAUGUCAUGGCUUAAAUUGUACCCAUCAAUGUAAACCAACUGGUAAAGGUCCAGCUUGCUUUUGUCCUGAAGGGAUGCAACCCCAUAAAAACGAAUGUAUAGGUAAUGAUUUUGUUUUAUUAGAUAUUAAUUUUAACUUUUAUAAUUUUAUUACAUAGCUCUGAAUUUCCAAUUAUUUUUUUUUCAGAUAUGGAUGAAUGUAAUGUUUUAGACUAUACGUGUGAUCAAAUAUGUAAAAACAUAAAUGGAUCUUUUAGUUGUAGUUGUGUUCCUGGUUAUGUUCAAGUUAAUUCAACUUGUAAAGCUAUUAAUGGUAAUUAAUUAUUCAAAUCCAUAGAUAUUCACUAUAAUCAGUUAAAUUUUAAAUUAUAUAUUGCAGUUCCUGAAAAUGAACCAGCAACUUUAUUUGUUAGUACAUCUAAAGAAAUAAGGAGGGUAUAUCUAAAUGGUACAUCUUAUCCUGGUCCAAGAUGUAAUGUUCAAGCCUUAUCCUUAACAUUUGACCAUAGAAAUCGUACAAUAUGUUUUAUUCAUCAAUACAAUAAAAUUGAUGGAACUAAAUUGAGCUGUGCUAAAAUAGAUAAUCUUUCUAUAUUUUGGGAUUUACCUUCACCAACCUUUUAUCCAUUAUUAAGUUUGUGAAAUAAAAUAUAAUUAUUUUUGGUAAUCAUUUUAAUUGUUCAUAUUAUUUUAUAGCUACUACACAUGUGGCAUUAGAUUGGGUAUCGGGCAACUGGUAUUAUGUAGAUGAUGAACGAGAUAUGAUAUAUAUGUGUACAUCAAUUAUGAAAUAUUGUGACAUUUUGAUUGAUACAAAUUUAAAUAGACCUAGAAGUAUAGCUUUAGAUCCAACCAAAGGGUAUGCCUUUAAUUUAUAUGUAUUAAUUAAAAAUAAUUUUAUUUUAAUAGUAGUAUAAUAUAUGCAUACAAAUAAGUUAUCUCAAACUCAAUUUUCUAAUAAUUAUAUAUAUUUUAGACCCUUAAAAUUUAGUUGAGCUAGUCUGCUUUUUUAUUUUUUGUAUAUAAACAGUAUUUCCUUGCAUAUUAUUCCAUACGUGUAUAGUUUUUCCUGUUCAAAGCUUUCAUUUAAUUUAAAUUUUAGGAAAAGAAAACAGUUUGGGUACAUAAAAUGCCUAAUAAGAUUAUACUAUAUUAGUUUAUUAGGUUUGAAUUUAUAAGUUAAUACCAACACUAACAAAUAGAUCAAUAGAUUUUUUUUACAUUCUGUAUUUGUAUAAAUUUAGUAGUUGUUUGCAUACAAUUAUAGUUGAUAUAAUGAAAAGUACUUAACACAUAUUAGUAAGUUGCAUACAGAAACUAUGUAAAUAUUUUAAAGUUCUCAUUAAUUUAUGUUAACAGAUACAUGUUCUUUACAAAAUGGGGACAAUAUCCUGCAAUGGUAGAAAGAGCUCAACUCAAUGGUCUUGAUAGACAACCAUUAGUAGAUCACAAAAUAGUAUAUCCAUAUGGAUUAACUGUUGAUAUUCCAUCUGAACAUGUUUAUUGGGUUGACACUUAUUUAGAUUUUGUUGAAAGAAUCAAUUAUGAUGGAUCUAAUCGGCGUACAAUACAAAAAGGAUUUCCAGUAAUUUAUAAGUCUAAUAUUUAAUUUGAAAUGUCUCACAUUUAAUUGUUUACAUAAAAUGUUAACUUAGGUUAUAAAUUUGUAUGAUGUAUCUGUUUUCGAAAAUAAUUUAUAUGUAACAUCUUGGAGACUACAGAGUGUAAUAAAACUUAAUAAAUUUAACAGUAGUUCUUACGAAUCAUUAAUCACAAAUAACUUAAGUCGGCCAUUCACUAUUCAUGUGUUUCAUAGACAAGAACAACCUGAAAGUAAGAUAUAACUUUAGGAAUAAAUGUAAUGUAUAAUAUAUUUUAAUCUUUAAAUCUAAGUCAACAUAAUAAAACAACAAAAAAUGUAAUAUUUUACUCUAUUUAGGUUAAGAAUGCCUGAAGUAAAAUUAAAACAAAUUUUAUUUGCGUUCUUGCUGAUAGUGAGAAUUUAAUGAUCAAUAAUAAUUGCUCCAUCACAUCUGCGUUCAUCACAAAUGAGCAGUUAUAUACGAAUACAAAUGCUUUUUUUGUAAUUUGGAUAGUCUUAAUCAAAUAGAGUUUAGAUUCUGAGCUCUAGCAAGGAUUUUAUUGACUUGGUUUUUAAAUUCUGAAUGGAGUGAAUUUGCUCAUAAUUUUUUUUUUUAGUAAUGAUUUAUUUUGCGUUUGUGUAUAAAUUUAUUAACUUUAUGUCCUACGUUUUCAACUUUCCAUCAUAUUCUCAAAUCUCAUCAGCACACCUAUCAAAAUUCUCAGUUCUUUUUAAAAAUUUGUUUAAUGUUGAUUUAGUAGAAAUAGAUUAGUCAAUGACUGUUUGAAUAUUUGUAAUUUAAUUUUUGUUAAGCUUAAACUUUUCAUUUACAGAUAUUAUUGAUUUUUUCAUAAUUAUAUAAUGUUUUGUUUAGUUAAACACCCCUGCAUGAUCAAUAAUGGUGGCUGUGAUCAUAUUUGUGUUACUGUUUAUAAAAAUAAGGAACCCACGGCUCAUUGUUUGUGUGAACCUGGUUAUAAACUUACUUCUGGAAAAUGUAUUUGUUAGUAUAUUUACAGACUUUUUAAGGCAAUAUUUUUAUAUUUUAAGUAUUCAUCUUAUUUUUAUAUUUUUUAGCAUUAAAAUUAUCUGCAUUUUUGAUAUUUGGUAAGAGUAACCCACCAAUGAUAAAAGGCAUAUCAAUGAAUCCAAAACAUAAUAAAGAACAAAUUAUUUUACCAUUGAAUGAUGGACGUUUGCCUACAUCUAUUGAUUUUGAUGUUAAAACACAGUCUAUAUAUUACUCUGGUGGAAAAAAAAGUGCUAUUGAACGAAUGAGAUUAAAUGGAACAAAAAAAGAAUCGGUCAAGAUAUUACCUGAAAUGAACUGUGAGGGUUUAGCUAUUGAUUGGACUGGUCGUAAUUUAUUCUGGACAGAUGAAGGUUUGGGUACAAUUAAUGUGUUUAAGUUAGAUGAUCCGACUAAACAAAAAGUAUUGAUAACUGACAAAGUAUAUCAUCCUAGAUCAAUUGUACUGGAUCCUAAAAAUGGGUAUGCAAAAUAUUCAGUUUAAUUUACUUAUUUAUGGUGUUUCAUAGAUAAUGUAUUUUAAGUUUCAUGUAUUGGGGAAAUUGGCCUCGAGGAUCUACACAAUUUAGUUAUGUUAAAACUAAAUCAAGUGGUAGUAUUGAAAGAGCUUGGAUGGAUGGAAAUAAUCAAACUAGCUUUGUUAAUCAAGAUGUUCAGUGGCCAAUAAGUCUUACUUUAGAUUUUUUUACUAGAAGGUUAUAUUGGUCUGAUGUGUACUAUGAUAGAAUAGAGUGUAUUGAUUUAGACAGAAGUAAUAGACAAGUUAUUAAACAAUCAACUCCUUAUCCAUAUGGAAUCGCGAUUUAUAAUGAUUUACUAUUUUGGACUGAAACUGAUACUAUGGAAGUAUUGGUGAAAAGCUAUAAUUUAGGAAAUAAAUCUAUAGAAAUAUUAGGAAUUGAAAAUCCGCAACUUUUAACAUUAAAAGUAUAUAAUAGUGAAGCUCAAGGUAAGAUUUGUUUGACUUUGUACGGAAAUCAUAAAAUAGAGAUAGUAGUACUUUACCUUCAACCCAACUAUUUGGGAUCAGCUAUCUCAAACAUCCUAAACUUUUACUUGACGUGAUCCCCCUCAUCAACCUCGUUUACACCCACUCUUAUUCUUAAUCUAGAAUUCUUUCCCUCUGCCUCAUAUCUCUCCCUGAAACCAUACUCUAUAUUUUUAAAUUAUUUAAUAAUAGGCUGAUAAUCUUUAAUAAUCAUUAUUUAUUCAAAAUUACUGUAAUCUAAUUAUAAUUCCAAAUACAUUUUGAUAUUAUAAUGAUAUUUUUUUUAUAUAGUUAAAGUAUCUCCAUAUUGGUGUGAAAAAAUAGAGUUAUGUCCUGGACUGUGUAUGUCUACACCCAAUGGACCAGUGUGCUUAUGCAAUGAUGGUUAUGUAUUAAAAACUAUUGAUGACAAAAAAAAAGAAUGUGUCAAGUCUAGUAAUUACUCUGUACUAACUGCUUGUGACAAACCAGACCAUUUUCAGUGUAUUAAAAGUAAGGAGUGUUUAGAUAAAAAAUUAACAUGUGAUGGAGAUAAUGAUUGUGGAGAUGGCUCUGAUGAAGACAAUUCAAUAAAUGGUCCUUGCCGUAAGAAUUUUGUUAAACAAAUUAUUAAUUUGACCAGAAUAAAUAUCCAUAAGUAUAAUGUUUAUGCAGAUAAUCUUACUUGCCCUCAAGAAAACUUUUUGUGUGAUUUUGAUAAAUGUAUACCAAAAUUCUGGGUUUGUGAUGGUGAGAAUGAUUGUAAUGACAAAACUGAUGAAAAAUCUGAAUUAUGUGAGUCAUGCUUAGCAUCACAGUUUGCAUGUACAGUUACUAAACGAUGUAUUCCCCAUUCAUGGGUUUGUGAUGGUACAUUUGAUUGUGGAGAUGGAGACACAUCAGAUGAACAUCACUAUUGUGGUAUGUUCUAGUAUUUAAUACUGAAAACUAUAUUGUAUUUUACGCACACUCAACUAGUUCCUCAUCAAAAAUUUCUUUUUUUAUGACAUAUUACAUUGCAUUGAGUUGUUGGUAGAAAUUAUUUACUUUAUUAAUAUCAAGAAACAUGUGACUUCUUUAUAUUUUAAGUGUUAUUCACUAUUAACACUAUGUACACUAGUAUAACACUUAGAUACCUGAAUUUUUGGUCUUGGUCCAACUAACGGGUAACAUAGCAAAAGUAUCUAAGCAAACUGAGUAAAAUUUGUUUAUUUUUAGUUUUAGAUUCAAAUUAAACAAUAUUUUAAAUGGUGAGACAUUGAAUUAUUUCUUUAUUCUAAAUAUAACACUCAAUUUUUUUAGAAAUAAUGACAACAAUUUUAAACUAUUAUAACUUUGUUUUUAAUUUUCUGCUUUUACUCUUAAACAAAAAUUUGAAAGUUUUAUUCUAAAGUAUGAUUUUUGCUAUGUUGCUAUUAGACCAAAACAACAAAUGCAGGUAUAGCACCCUGUUAAAAUAUUGUUUGUUUUUUUAUUAAUAAUUUUAAGUAUAUAUUGUACACUAACUUGCUAUUAAGUAUUAAAUUAUAAUUGAAAAAUUUGCUUUUUAGAGACUUGUCAUGAAUUUGAAUUUAAAUGCAAAAAUGGACAUUGUAUAUCAUAUGAAUAUUAUUGUAAUGCAGAAGAUAAUUGUGGUGAUGGUUCAGAUGAAGAGAAAUGUUCUAACUGUUCGGGUGAAGUAAGAAAAGUUUUAAAUUUAAGAACUGUAAAUUAGAGAUGUGACAAACUAUUCAAUUUUUGAAUCAAAUCGAAUUUGGGGUGUUCGGUUCGAUUCAAAAAUCAAACUGAAAAUUGAAAAAAAUUGAACUAAAACAAAUACCCAAUAGAAAAUCAUUUGAUGCCAUUUCUGCGCGGUCACCAAUACAAUGUUUUGUGCUGGGAUAGAGCGGCCUUGUUAUGAAAAAGAGUUAUUUUUUUUUAUUAGUGAGAUUCUUAAUCGUAAAAUUGGUAAAGGUCAUUGGGGUUAACCUAACUUAAUCCUUAACCUUUUUCCUUUUUAAUGUUCAAGUUAAAUAAAGUAUUUUAAAAGUUCAGUUUAGUUCGAGUUCGAAUAUAAAUGAAUAGGUUUGGUUCGAUCUUAAAAAUCAGGAUUUGUAAUCGUUUCUACUAUAAAUAUUAUUUAUUAUUUAUUUAUUUUACACUGCAUUCUAGUUUCUUUGUGCAAAAAACAAUACUUGUAUACCAUUACUAAAAAAAUGUGAUGGGGUAAUUGAUUGUGAUGGAGCAACAGAUGAAUUAAAUUGUACUAAUGCAUUAAACAAAAUUAAUCAUGGAUGUUCAAAUAAUGAGUUUUUGUGUUCCAUUUCUACUGAUUUUUGUAUUGACAAACAUUAUGUCUGUGACGGAUUACCUGAUUGUCCUGAUGGCAGUGAUGAAAAAAAUUGUAGUAAGUUUUUGUUUAAAUAUUUGUAUAAAACAUAAUAUAUUUAAUUGUUUAUUGUUGUUUAUUAGUGUUGAGGAAGUCUUCAGUUUUAUAUUUGUGUGUAUACCUGUUACCUUAUGUAUUGAAGUCUAUUGUAGUAUUUAUCUACUCAUUUUGAAUACUCAACUGUUGUUAAAUACUUAAUAUUUGAUUACAAUUGUUAAAAAUAAUAUUGAUUACUUAUGCAACCUUUAAAAUUAUUUGUACUAAGUAAUCAAAUCUAAUAUUAAGUUAAUAUUUUUUCAGCUUUAAUUAAAAAUUGCACUCUUGAAAAUUGUCAAAUUCAUUCAAUAGAUAAAUCACCCUUAAACAUUUGUCAAUAUCCAAAUAAAUCCUGUGACAAUAACACUUUAUGUGUUUCUGUAGAAAUGUUAUGUAAUGAUGAAAACGAUUGUUUAGAUGGUUCAGAUGAAGGUGGUCAAUGUGGUAAGUUGUAACUAGAAAUAUUUUUCCAUUGGGAGUUAAUCCCUUGACCUUUUUUUAAAUAUCUCUAAAUGCUUGGUCAUGAAUUCUACUCUCCGUUCAUACCCCUUAAAAUUUACCUAUCAUAUAAAUAACCUUCCAUUAAUAUCAGCUUUUCCCUUUAUUAGUGAUGUUGAUUGUACUUUGACACCUAUUCAUUGUCUUCUUAAACAUAUUGAAAUAUAUAAUCUUUUGUUGCAAAGCCUUUAUAUUCUUAGUGUUUAUAAACCACACUUCUCAGCAGUUUCAUUUUCUUUCUCCACUCAAAUCCAUUUUAUGUUCUCAUAUUCACCUUAUCUUGGAAUACGGCUGUAUCCUUUGGACUCUUCUACACCCUGCGGCAAGACCUCAAUUCAGCGUGUUCGUUCAACAUAAAUUUCUCCAUUUCACUUUAAUAUUUUCACCCACACCCCUUCAUGAUUACUCUAUUCUCCAAGAUUUAAGCCUUAUUAUUGAUAUCCGACUCUUUUUUUAACCUUGUAUUCUUCUCUAAUCUUAUCUUUAGUAGCAAAAAUAGAUUCUUAUUUUCUUUUAUUUCAACUCUAUUUUAUAAUAUUACUCUUCAACAUACCUGCUCUUCCAUGUCUUUCAUAAUUACACAGUCUUCUUUUAAUUAUUCUCUCAACUCCCCUGUUUCUUGCCUUAUGGUGUCUCGCUGUGUUCUUUAGUUUUCAUAUCUCUGUUACUAUUUUAUUUUUUUAUUUUUAUAAUAUAAAAAUGUUUAAAACAGAGUCCAAUAUUUUUUUAUUUUUCUCUGCCCUGAAUAUAUGACAAUGUAUUUAAUUCUAUAUUUAUCAAAAAACAAAGAUAAAAUUAUUUAUUUUAUUUUUGGUCAGUUUUAUUUUAAAAUUUGUAGUGUUAUUUUAAAGUGUGUAUUUUAGUGCUACAAUUUCCAAACCCUGUAUUUUCUAUUUAACUUAAAAAAAUUGUUAAAAUAAUUUAAUUACAUUUUAAAUGUUAAAUAAUUACUUUUUUUAGUGGAAAAUUUAUGCGAAUCUGGGUCUGAUUGUUCCCAUACUUGCAUAAAUAGUCCAGAUGGUUUCAUAUGCCUAUGUCCUAAAAAUAUGACUCUUCAACUUGAUGGAGUAACAUGUACAAUUGUGAAUCCUUGUAAUACUUGGGGACGUUGUUCUCAAAAGUGUUUAGAGAUUGAUCAACAAGGACAUAAGUGCACUUGUAAUGAAGGUUACUUAUUAGCUACAGAUCAUUUUACUUGCAAAAGUACAGGUAUAUUUGAACAAUUAAUAAUAAAAAUGACUAUAAAAUAUUGUGAAUGAUGUUUUUAUUAAAAUCAGCGAUUUUUUAUAAAGAUUUUUAGUAAAAUUGAUUAUGGUUUUUUCAGGCAUUAUAAAAUUGUUUAAUAAUUAGAAUUAUUAUUUAGAAUUUUUCCAAACCGUACUUUUAUCCUAUACACUAAUACAUAUAAACUUUUAAAUUUUUUGGAGAAUUUCCUCCCCUUUUUUUAAACCAGUUUUGAAAAGAGAAUAUAUUGUAAAAGUAUUUGAUAUAUUAUAAUUAUAAAACACUAUUAUUGUUUAUAUUAUUUAUAACAGUUUUAAAAUUAGAUUAGAAGAUGCUUUACGGAUUUUGAAAAUACAAAAUUUAAUCUCUGGGCCAAGGAUUUCUCCAAACCAGUUAACCUUUGACUCAAUUAAACAAAAAUUGAAACAUUAAAAAAAAACAUUCCAGUGCUUUAAAAAACUAUUGAACUUUAAAAACCGGCUUUUCACCUUCACGGGGAAAUAAAUUAUUUCUAAUUGGUUAAUAUUAAACUUAUCAAACUUAGCACCAAAGAUGAAUCCUUUUAAAAUCAGGCCAAUUGUGUUUUUACUCAUAAUCAAUUUAUCCUAAAUUAUUUUUAUGUAUAUCAACAUAUUCAAAACAAAUUUACCUUUUUUGAAAAACUAUUUUAAAAAGAGGAGAGGGGAUGGCUAUUUGAAAAUAUUGUAAAUAUAAUAAUAAAAUGAUUCUAUAAUUAUAUUAACUGGAAUAUCCAAAAUAAGUUUUAUUCGAAAUUUUUGUAGUUAAUCACUAAAUUUAAAAUUUUUAAAUAAAUCAACCUGUUUAUAUAAAUAAAUAAAUAUAUUCAUGCAAUUUUAUUUGCAUAGAUUCUUCUGUGCCACAGAUAAUAUUGAGUAACAAAUAUGAAAUACGGGGUAUUGAUCUAGUUACAAGAGAUGUCAAAUCAUUAAUUUCUAAUUUGAAAAAUACUGUCAAGAUAGAUUUUUAUCAUGCUAAUGAUGGAACUGAUACACUUUAUUUUACUGAUUUAGCAGAUGAUAAAAUAUUUAAAGGCACAAUAAUUGGUGGAUGUAUGUUUAAAAUUUACGUUUUAUUUGUAUACAAAUAAUAAUAAUUUUAAUUAUAAAAUAUUUCAAUUUUAGCAUUAAGUGAAGUAGAAGUUGUAGUUCAAAGUGGUCUAACAACUGUUGAAGGACUUGCUGUUGAUUGGGUUGCUGGUAAUAUUUAUUGGGUUCAGAGUAAUUUAGAUCAAAUUGAAGUAGCUAAAUUAAAUGGAAGUUUCCGAAAAACUUUAAUUUCUGGAGAUAUGGAAAAUCCAAGAGCCAUUGCAUUAGAUCCAAGAUUUGGAUAUUUAUUUUGGACCAGUUGGGAUACAGCAGUACCUCGAAUUGAGCGUUGCAGUAUGGCUGGUGAAUUUCGUAAAAUUAUUGUUAUUGUGAGCAAUUUAUUUGAUGGUGAAUGGCCAAAUGAUUUGACUUUAGAUUAUGAACUUAAUCGAAUUUAUUGGAUUGAUGCAAGGUAAAUAUAUAAUUUUAAAUUUAUUUAUUCACUUGGUUUAGAAUUUGAGAGGAUUAAGGAUUGUAUAGGUUUUACAAUGAUUUUGUUUUUUUUUUUUUGUGGACAACUUUUCUACCAGCAAUUUUGCUCCAAUUUAAAAUGAUAAUACUUUUUCUGAAGUAAAUCUGACUUGGGUGGUACUUAAAGAAUUUCAUUUUUUGAUUUUUCCAGCUGUUUUCAUAAUAAAUGGGAAAAAAAUGUAGGAAAAACUGGAAAAUAAGUACAAUAUUAAACAAAUUAUUAUUAUAGAUAAUAUAUAAUGUAUAUGUAAUUAUUUUGCUUAUGAUCUAUAUAUUGUUAAUAAAACAACACUUAACUGAACUCCGCUCAGAAUUGUUUUUCAUUAGCAAUAGUUAAUCGGUCCAUACAGAUAUACAGUAAGUCCUCAUUUAGCAUCGUUUCGCCAUCGCAUUGUAGAAAUUUAAGUCCUUAUGUUUCAUUUAAUUUGCAACGGUUAAAUUAUUUGUUUAUCAAAUUUUUGUUUUGUGUAUAUAUUUAUAUAAAUUGUAUAUGCAAUUUAAUUUUAUCGACCAAAUAAUACUGUUGUCGUUUUGAUUGACAUACAUAUCACACGAGGUAUUAUUUUUAUUUAUUGUAGGUAAUAUGUAAUUUGUAAUUGUUUUUCAUUUUAUUGAUAGUUCAACAACACUUUUGCUACCGAUUAUAUUAUUUUUGUGGAUGUGCAUAAUAUUACUAUUACAUAUUAUUUUACUGUUACACAUUUGAUAAUCUAUAAUUAAUAUGGCAACACCCUAGCUCGCUUUCUAUGAUCUAAAAUAUUUUAAAAAAUUAGAAAACUGUAACUCUUUCUACAAAAAUAGACAUUUAAAACGUUUUGAAUCCAGUGAACUAAUGGUAGAUAUUGCUUAUCUUUAUUAUCUUACACCAAUUACUGUUGUCUGAACUAUUAAAAGCAAUUCUGAAAAAAGCUACUAGUUCAAAUAAAAUAAAUCAAACUCAAAAUUCUUUAAUAGUAAAUAUAGAAAAAAAAUGUUUUUUGUGGAUUAAAUAUUUUAAUUAUUUUUAAAUUUUUAAACAUUGUUCUGUUAAAAGCUGAAUCGCUAUUUGAUAAAUUAAUAUAACUAAAUAGUGAUGAGUUUCAUAAUGUUGAAUUUAAUGUUAGUAGAAGUUGGUUUGAUGAGCAUUUUAAAAACCAAUUUAAUUUUCAUAAUAUAAAACUUAAUGGCAAAAUUGCAAAUGCUGAUCAAUCUGCAGCAGAUUCUUUUAUUUCCAAAUUACAAAAAAUUAUCAAAGAAGGAUACAUAUCAAAACAAGUAUUUUAAUGUUGAUGGAACGAGACAUUUUGGAAACUUAUGCUUUCUAGAAUUUAUAUUACCCAAGAAGAAAAGUCAGUUCUAAGAUAUAAAUUAGCUAAAAGUCGACUGACAAUGUGUUAUUGGGUAGGAAUGCUUUUGGUGAUUUUAAAAUGAAACCGUUGCUAAUUCACACAGCUGAAAAACUAAUUAAUUAUAAUAAUAUGUACAUUGACAGAAGCCUAUUAUAAUAAAGUGCAUGUGAAAAGUGUUUCAUUUAAAGUUUUUUCGGUUAAUGUUGUGUUUUCCAGGAACCUAACGUCAACUUUAAAUAAGGACUUACUGUACUUUAAAUUUCCCUUUUAUCUCUCCCAACUUCUCACCUACAAUAUUGACCCACCCAUCUUGCAAAGUAUGUACCUCUUUUUUAUGUUAAUUUUGUUUUUUUUAUUAUUCCUUAGAUCAGAUUCUAUACAUACAGUAAACUAUGAUGGUCAUGAUCAUCAUCUUGUGUUAAUUGGUCACGAUCUUCUUUCUCGUUCAUUUGCUAUUACUAUUUUUGAAAAUUAUGUAUACUGGACUGAUUGGAGUAGUAAUUCAAUAAAUAAAGCUAAUAAAUGGUCUGGUUCAAAUGUUUCUGUUGUUUACCUUACUCAAACACAACCAUUUGAUGUUAAGAUAUUGCAUCCUAGUCGACAACCAAAAGGUUUUAUGUUAUUAUAUUUUAUAUGAGUUGACUAAAGUUAUAUUAAUGUUUUUAAGUAAACAAUUUAUGUAUUUGAUAAUUUACCAAUUAUAAUUUCAUUUGAAAUGUUUUAAAAUGUAAUUGUAUAUUACAUACAAUUUGGUGACUAUAAAUUAACAAUUGUAUGAAAUUAUAACUGAAUGGUUGUUGCUUUCUUGAAUUUUAUUUAUAAUGUUUAUUUACAUUAUUAUUUACUUAUAUAAUAACUUUCAUUAAUAUUAUUGUUGUGUUGGCAGUUGAAUUUAAUCCUUGUGGAAUUAAUAAUGGCAAUUGUUCACAUUUAUGUUUAUUAAAUAUAAAUUCUACUUAUAAAUGUGACUGUCCACAUAUAAUGCAACUCUCUUCAGAUAAUCAUACAUGCAUCGGUAAAAACUAAAAUUUAUUUUGAAUACAAGUUGUUUUGUUUUGCUUUAAAUAAUUUAUUUUAUGUUACAGUAAACGAAAUUGUUUUAUUAUUUGCACAAAUUAAUGAAAUUCAUGGAGUAAAUUUAGAUCGACCAUAUUAUAAUACAAUUCCAACAUUAUUGUCUUACGAAUCACAAUCUUUAUUGCAUACACAAAUAGAUUAUUUGGCUAUCAAUAAAACAAUUUACUGGUCUGAUUAUUUAAGUAAUGAAAUUAAAAGAUCUAGUUUAUCAGGCGACAUCAUUGAAGUAAUUUUAGAUACAGGUAUUUUAUAAUGAUAAAUUUACAUUUAUAAUAAACAAAAUUCUGCUAUGGUAAGGUUAUCUAAGAUAGAUUAUUUUGCUUAGAUAUAUUUAUACAUAAAUCAAUGUUUUUUAAACUAUUACUUUUUCUUUUAGGAAUUCAUCAUCCAAAUGGAUUUGCUAUUGAUUGGCUGUCUAAAAAUAUAUUUGUUAGUAGUUCAGAUCAGAAUCCCUUUACUGAGGAAAAAACCACUGCUCCCAAAUUUAUUAUAAUAGCUUGCAAUCUUGAUGGAGAAUAUUUUACCACUAUAUAUUCCAGUGAUUGGACUGAUAAAGAAAACAAUAAAACUGUACAAAUAGGCUCAUUAGCUAUAUUUCCACAACAAGGAAAAUUAUUUUGGUCUCAAACAAUGGCAAGUGGCCAUCAUAAUAUUAUAAUGUCAAAUAUGAAUGGAUCGUCUUAUUCAAUAAUUUUCGCGGAAAAGAUAAUACCUUUUAUUCCAGGAUUUACUAGUAAGUAUUUGUUAAACUAUUAUCAUCAUCUAAAGGCCUUACCAUGAUAGUCAUAUGAGAGACAUAUGUCUCUAAUGUAUACAGCUCAACACUUCAAACCAUAUAAGAUAGUCUUAACACACUCUUGUAAAACUUACCUUUAAGUCUCAUUAGGAUUCUCUUUUCUCAUAAAAUACCUGUCCACUUAAUUUGACCACACUUAAUUCUAGGUUUCACAUCCUUAUCAAAGUCACCAUUUUAUGUUCAUAAUAUCCUAAGUACUUAAAACCUCCCUAAUAUAUCACCUGUUAUUGUAACCUGCUAGUGUUGUCCCAUCAACCUAUUGUAUUUUUUCUCCAAAUCCAUACUCUAUUAAUUUUGCUUUACUUCUGUUUAUUCUUAGUUCUCUUCCUUCAAGUGCUUCUUUUAAUUUCUUAAGUCUAUUGUUAACUUCUUUCAAAUUUCCUUUUAUCAAAAAAAUAUCUGCAAACAUAGUGCACCAUGGUACUUCGCCUUAUAUUUUCUUUGUAUGAAAGUAGAUAAGAGCUCAAAGCUGAACUCUGAGCAUACCUACUCCAAUCAGAAAAAUCUUCUAUUAUUCUAAACACACUUUUUACACUUGUAUUUGAACCUUUAUACAUAACUAAUAUAUGAUUUCGGAAUUCAUUUUCUCAUUAACAUCCAAAUUAGAACUUCUCUUAGCAUUUUAGCUUUGUGAAAUAGGAUAAUAUCAUCACUUCCUAAUUGAUGUAACUUCAAUAUAUUGUAAAUUAAUUUAACGAAUAAAGAAUGGACAUAAACAGCAGGAUCUAAGUUCCUUACUGUUUUUCUCAGAAAAUAUGUAUUUACACACAAAAAAAAAUUAUCACAUUAAAAAAUCACUAAUUGAGUACAUCUGUACAAUUUUAUUUUGUCUUUAGGUUUGACAGUUGAUCAGGAAACAAAUACACUUUAUUGGGUGAAUGCUGAUAAACAUUCUAUACAUUCUUAUAGUAUUCAAAACUCUAAAGUAAAUCCCCCUUUGAAUUUACCAGAUGAAAGCUAUCCAUCCUAUAUAGCUUUAUAUAAAAAUAAUAUUUAUUAUGUGGAUAAUAAAUUAAGGAAUAUUCAAUUUGCAAAUAAAAUUACUGGAAAUGGAAAUUCAUUAUUUCGCAAUAUAACUGCAGGUAAUAUAUUCAAAAAUUAAAGAUAAUUUUUUUUUUCAAUAUACAUUGUGUAUUUGAAAAUGUGUGUAUGACUAAUUUAUUUUAUAAUUCAAAUAUUGUUUUAUUUGAAUUUUGAUUCUGAGUAGAGCAAUCUUCAUUAUCGUAGAACAGCCUAUUAAAUUUUUUUUUAUUUCCAUAUAAUAACUUUUUUUUUAUUUUUUUUGUUACAUUGUGAAAAUUAUUAUUAUAUUAUUAAGUGUUUAUAAAAACAAUCACUUAUCAAUUUUCUAUAUUUUAAGUCUGUAUAACUUAGUUAUAUUUGUAAAUAUUUAAAAGUACUUUUUUGUUAUCUAUACUGUUCUUUAUGUAUAUUGCAGUUAGGUGUUAAUUUCAAAAAUAAAUGAACAAUAUUAAAGUUAUUUUUAUUUGUUAUGGCUACCAUGUAUCUUAAACACUUAAUUUAUAUGUUUGUAAUAUAUGUGCAGUACAAGUUUUAACCUUAAUUGUUUUAAUAACUAUUUAUAUUAAACAAUUUUAGUUCUUUCCAUGUAUUCCAUAAUAUAUUUAUUCCCGGUAAUUGUACUUAAAAGAUGUAUUUUGUUUGUGCAUUAAGUAAACAAAUUGUUAGGUCUUGUUUAAUGGUUUAAUUUUUUGGAUUCAAUAGACGAGUCAAUAAACAUUAUAAUUGCCUUGAUUAAUAAUUAAAAUACUUUAAUGAUACAAAUAUAAUUAUUUUAAAUAUGUUAAGUUUUAUUAAUAAUUAAUGAAAUUAAUUAAUUAUUUAAUAUAUAAAAAAAAUAUAUUUAUAUUUUAGAUGUAUAUGCAUUGAGUCUAUACGAUCCAUCUUUACAAACUGGUGUUAAUGGCUGUUCAAAAAAUAAAGGACUAUGUUCUCAUAUUUGUUUGCCAAUUUCUGCUGAUGAUUGGGUUUGUCGUUGUGCUGAUGGUUAUACGAUUGAUCCAAAAAAUAAGAAUGAUUGUAUUGGUGCUAAAGAAUUUUUAUUGUAUACUGCUGAAUCUGAAAUCAAAGGCAUAUCUUUAAAAAAAAAUGAUACAAAUAAAGUAUUAAGUCCAUUGUCGAAGACAUCAAUGGCAUUUAGCAUUGAUUUUUAUGAAGGUAGUAACUUUGUUAAGUUGACAAGUUUAUUUGCAUCUUUUAAAUUAUAAAUUAUAUUUUAGAUUAUAUUUAUUGGUCUGAUGAUGAACAAGGAAGUAUUAUGAGAAUAAGGCGUGAUGGAACUGGUAGACAAAUCAUUUUAAAUCGUGAGCAAUCUGGUGAAACAUCAACGGGUACUUGGGUAUCAGGUAUAUCUUAUUGCAAUAUAAAUUUAAAAUUAGUAUAUUUUUCAACACAAUAUUUAUUUUUAGGAAUUGCUAUUGAUUGGAUUGCCGGACAUAUUUAUUGGGCUAAUCCAUUGUUAAAUAUUAUCCAAGUUGCUUAUCUUAAUGGAUCUAAUGCUUAUGUAGUAUUAGAUGGUGGAGAGACUAUGGAGAAGCCAAAUUCUUUGGCUGUUGACCCUGUUGCUGGAUUUUUAUUUUGGAGUAUUAGACGCUAUCAUGGAGUUUCAAGAUCGUCAUUAGACGGAAUGAAUAGAAAGAGUAUUUUAUUAAACAAAGAUCAACCAUUUGUCGAGGAUAUUACAUUAGAUUACGCCGUAUGUGUAAACUUAAAACAAAUUUGAUUAAACACCUUUAUUAAAUCAUUUAUUUAUUUGUAUAUUAAAACAGAAUCACAAAGUAUACUUUUGUCAACAAAGUUUAAUUGGCCGUUGUAAUUAUGAUGGUUCAGAAUAUGAAGUAUUAUAUAAAGAAAAAAAUAGUAAUCCAGUUAGUAUUGUAGUACAUGAUGGGUACAUUUACUGGCUUGGAGUGUAAGUUUAAGUGCUUAUAAUUGUUUUCAUAUUAAAAACUGCAAUGUUUAUUUUUUACAGUAUGCAAACUCAAGGCUUAUCUUCAUUAAUGGUCUCGCCUAUUAACAAUAUUUCAGCUACAGAGGAAUUGAUACAAGAAAUUGGUGAACAUCCAAAAGAUGUACAAAUAUUUUCAAAAAGUCGUCAUCAAGGAAUUAAUAUUUGUGCUAAACAUAAUGGAGGUUGUCAAGAACUAUGUUUAUAUAAUGGUACUCAUGGGGUUUGUGCUUGUGCGCAUGGUAUUAUUGAUACUGAUGGAAAAUCAUGUAAAGGUAUGAUUAUUUGAAAUCUAUUUUAACUAAUAUUUAUGGCGUUACAUGCAUAUAUUAAAAUUAAAGUUUAUUACGUAUUGUAUUUACAUUUCUAGAUUAUACUACUUUUCUUAUGUACUCACGGGCAGAUGAAAUUGAUAGUAUUACUUUAUCUGAAAAUCCAAAUUUCAAAACACCAUUCAAGGUUUUACAAUCAAAACAAUUUAUGCAAAAUGUAAUUGCGUUGUCAUAUGAUUAUGCACGGUCUUUAUUAUUUUAUUCAGAUAUUCAACGUGGUACUAUUGAUGCAAUUCAUUUUAAUAAUACAGGUCAUCGAGUUAUAGUAGAAAGUAUGUAUUUUAUUAUUUUAAUUCAAAGUUAAACAAACUUGUAAUAGAUUCACUCACUUUUAUGUUUUUAUCAUAUAGAUCAAGAAUCUGUUGAAGGUAUUGACUAUGAAAUGAAGGAGAAUAAACUCUACUGGACAAAUAGCAAUGCAUCUAUUAGUCAAAUUAAUUUAAAUAAACCAAAUGCUGUACCUGAAAUAGUUUUACAAUUAGGACCAUCAGAUAGACCACGUGGUAUAGCAGUUGAAAUUUGUGAUAAGUAAGUCAUUUUUUUUUUUUUUUUCAUAAUUAUAGGUUUUUAAAAACUUAUAAUAGCAUAUUUUAUUUAAUAAAUUACUAUUUCUCUAAUCAGAAUGUUUAAAAAUGAUAUGUAGUUUGGAAAAUAGGUGUAUUUAUAGUGUAUUGAAAUUUAAAAUUAAAUAUUUAAUUAUUAAAUUAUUAUUUACUAAAAAUUGUUGUAAAUUUUAAAAAAAUGAAAUAAAUUUAUAAUAAGCUGUCCUAGCAAUGCUUUACUGUUGCAAGAUUUCAUUACACAUUAUUUAUUGUCCUGCCUGUGUAUAUUUAUACUUUGAUAAAUAUAAAACUGAUGAUCUACAUUUAAUCAAGAAUCCAUAAUUUGUUGUAGAAAAAUAGGAAAAUUAUAGAUAGCUCAUAUUGAUAUUCUUUUAUUUUAAUUGGUAUGAAUCGAUGAACCAUAUUAAGCAUUUUUUUAAAAUAAUUCACUCGAAUGAACAAUAUUUUUGACUAUUCCAUUUGCUUAUAAUUGAAACAACUUAAAAUAAUUUAAACUAACAUGUCAAGUAUGCCAUGAUUGGAUAAGCAAUAUUUUUGGUUUUCUGUUUUGGUGCAUAAAUGCACAGUUUUUGGAGUUCCUACUCUGAAAAAACAACAUAUAGUUUACCGUGCAAAAAAUAUGGAUUUUCUAAAUUUAAUUCUGUAAAGCAUAAUGACUGCCCAUGAAUUUUGUUGAUUCUUAUCGUGAAAGUAAGACAAUCAGUCAGAAAACUGUAAUUUGAAUGUGUAGAGCAAAUUACUUGGAAACAUUAGUAUAUGCAGAAUCAGCACAUCCUUUUCCUUUACAUUUACAUUUAUCUAUUGUUGCUUUAAUAAAAUGCUUGAUUUAUGCUUUUGAGGAGGUAUUUUAUUGAUUUUCUUUAUAAUUUUCUUAAUAAUUGGGAACAACCAGUAAAUGUAAGCAAGAAAAAUUUUUGUAAUUUUUGAAUUUACUUAGUGUAGAGAAGGAUCUAUUAGUUUUACCUAGAUGUGUGUUUUUGUCAACAAUUUUUCUAUCGAAAACUUGCUACGCAGUAUAGAAUAUAGCAUCUUUUCUGAAAGGUAAUUUUUUUUCAUUGAUGCAUUGGAGAGGUCAUUCUUUUGAUUUACCAAGAGAUUUUUGAAAUAAUUGUGAUGUUAAAUAUUUAUGGCGUGUAGCGGUGUUACCAUUUUUAUUGUUUGUAUUAUGUUUACACAAUGUUUUUUACCAGAAAUAUAACUCCAAUCCAAAAAUGGUAAGAGAUUGAUUUUAUUCCUUUUAAUAUUUCGCCACUGACAGAGUUGUUUUUUGAAAGUAGUUUUUGUAAUAAUCAGGAAACCUUGGAAAAAACAUAAAAUGAAAAUUGGCAAAUUUACGUCUUUACAAUUUCAUUAUUUUAAAUUUUUUACCUUUCCAUUUUCUACUAGAAAAAUUUCCCCAAUAGAAAAACAUUGAAGAUCUUUUUUGUUGAAGUUUUAAUCUAAUUAGUGCCCUAGAAAGUAAUGUUUUGAAUUUUUUUGUUUUUUUUUAAUAAUUGAGUAAAACCAAAAAAUAUGUAGAAAAAACAGGAACAUUGACAAAAAUAAUUCUUUUAUUUUAUUUUGUCUUUUUAAUGUAAUUCAGUUUAAAAUAUUUGUAGAAACUUAAGAUGUUAGAAAACUUAUAUUUACUUUUUCUAGACAUGGUAAAACUUUCUGAGCAGUUGAGCAAUUUUGAGUUAUUUAUAGACAUUUUAUUGUGAGUUUUUACGUUAUUUUUAUUUGGCAGGUACUCUAGAUAAAUUGUUAGACUUAGCAGAAAUUCUUAACUAUUCAUCAUAAGUUUUAUUUGAUGGUAAUAAAAAUAUUGAGCUUUAUGUAGUAGUAGUAAAUAUCACAAAAUUUUUAAAGAAGUUAAACUGAAUUUCGUUUUCCAUAUCAAUGAUUUAUUGUUAAGUACAGCUUAUUUACAUGAACAAUAUUGAGCCAUUUCGAUCUCGCUAUGUCUUUGAGACUAUUUAUGGUAUGACACUAAAGUUUUUCAGUGAUAUUAUGGUCACCAAAAAGAAACAGUAUUCUAAAAUAUGUUGAACGUCUAGGUGGAUGGUUUCCAAAAUACGGAUCAUUAUAAAUUAUUAUACUUCAUUGUAAAUCCAGAGCUAUGAUUAUGGCGCAAAGCUAAGUAACACAAAUAGAACUUGUUCGUUGACUGUAGUAUAUUAUCAAACAUAUAAACAGUAGAACUAAAAACUUCACAAAAAUCCCCUUCUUUCUUCAUUCCAUGAGACUCCUAUUUUACCUGUGUAAUUUUACAGCAAAUGGUCCAACCUUUUUGUAGUCUAAACUAAUGAACUAAUUGUUUUGAAAUUUACUCAGAUUAAUCAAUAUGUUAAUAUGUAGAUUUAGUACUUUUGUAAAUUUCAAGUUUAUCAAAUGAUUACAACCUGAGUUACAUGUAAAAGUAUUAGCAUAGUUUUUACUCGAAACGUUAUUUUUUCAAUAAUUCAACAAUGUUUAUGUUGUACGUGUUGUUAUCAUCAGUCUGUGGCAAAUAAAAAAUAAUUUUGUUCAUUCAUUUUAUUGCUGUAAUACUAUAGUAUCGUUUUCCAGCAACAUUCAUUAGCUUUAUUCAUAGCUAUACAUCAUACAUUAAUUUACUUAAUCCAUAAAAUAUUGAAGAUUUUUUGUGCCCAUAAAUUUUCACUUGAUAAAAAAAAAAAAACAUGUUAACUAUAUCCAACAUUUUAAUAAACUCAAAUUAGAAAAGUUGUGAUAUCAAAAAGGAGCUAAGUAAUUUAUUAAUUCCAUUAGUAUUAAUUUAGUAAAUUAGUAAAUUGUUUAUAAUUGUUUGUGUUUGAUGCGGUGCAAUAAUUGAAUACAAAUAAUUUAACUUAGCUUGGUGGCUACUCAUAGUAUGUACUUAAAUAGUGUUAUGAUAAUAUUAAUAAAUUAUAAAAUGGGGUUAUAAAUAUUCAUAUCAGCAUUGUAUCUUUCUUUUUAGUCGUAAAUAUUAGUAGCCGUUAAGCUAAGUUUGUAUUAUUAUUUAUAUUAAAUUAUUGCACUUUAUCAAAUAUAAACAAUUAUAAAUAAUUUCUAUACUAAUGAAUUUAAGAAAUUACUACUUAGCUCUUUUUUGAUAUCAAAACAUUUUUAACUUGAAUUUUUUUUUUUAGUGAGGUUUUUACACAUAGUUGACGGAGGGUUUUUGUUUGGAUUUAGUUUACUUUAAAUAGAUUUAGAGCUUUGAAAUUUGGAACGUAAAAGAUGAUUAAAAUUAUAAAAUUAUGAGAUAAAUAUAUUUAAUACAAUAUUAGUUACGAUAAUAGUUAAUAUAAUGUUUCAGGUCUUACGAUAUUAAUAUUUAUCAGGUGAUAUUUAAUUUGAUCAACAAUUUUAGUUCUGAGUAGUUAAAACUUUUUUUUUUUACUUUAAGACAUAUAAUUUGGUAUUUUUAAUAUUUUAAUUAUUGUUCAUGGGUUUGAAUUCAUUAUAUUAAUAUUUGUUUAGUUAAUUAAACUAAAAUUAUUUAUUAAGAGGAUACUACCCACUUUUACUGUCUUAGUUCAACUCGACUUUAAUAUAUCAAAAUUAAUGUUACUUAGAAUGUAAAUUGUGGUAUUUAGAUUGAAAUUGUAGUUUAAACAAAACACAAAUUAUUAAGUUAAAAGAGAAGAAUAUUUUUAAUAUAGAGCUUUAUUCUAUGCAAUUAUAAUACAAUUAAGUUAUGGUAAUGUUAAUUUUGGUUUAGCUGUAACUUUUUUUUGUAUGAACAAUUUUUCAAAAAAAAAAAUAUAUAUAUAUAACCUUCAGAAAUAUUCUCUUCUUUAAUUUUUGCUAUUUGUGUUUAAACUACAAUGUCAACCUAAAUACCACAAUCUAUGUUUUAAAUAAUUAAUUUCUACUAUGUGGUCCAUUAGAUAGAUUAAUACAUUAGAUGCGGGUGUGAUGUUCUCUUAAUGCAUGUUAUUAUUACAUAUUGACUUUAAAAUAAUUUUAUUUUAGACGAAUGUAUUGGACAAAUUGGAAUGAUUUAAAACCAAGUAUACAAAGAGCUUUUGUAAAUGGGUUCAAGGUAGAGUCUAUUAUAACAACAGAUAUUCAAAUCCCAAAUGCUCUUACAUUAGAUCAUAUGACUCAAAAAAUGUACUGGGGGGAUGCAAAAUUAGACAAAAUCGAGAGAUGCGAAUAUGAUGGAACAAAUCGGGUGGUAAUUUAGUUUUUAUAUUUUAAUUUAUUGACAUAUAUAAAACUUAAAAAGUUAAAACUGAUAGAAAUCUGAUGCUACUUGCUAGGUACUUGCUGAAAUGUACCCUCAACAUCCAUUUGAUAUUGCUGUGUAUGGUGAUUAUUUUUUUUGGACUGAUUGGAUAUUAAAUGCAGUUUUACGAGCUGAUAAAUAUACUGGUGCAAAUGUUGCGUGGUUAAGAAAAGAUGUCCAAAGACCUAUGGGAAUAGUAGCAGUCUCUGAUAAUAUUAAUGAUUGUAUGUUUUUUUUACUCUUUGAUAAUCUAUUACAAAUUAAUUUUCAAAUAUUAUCAUUAUUUAUUUAAGGUUUUAGAAAUCCAUGUAUGACACUUAAUGGAGGCUGUGAAGAUAUAUGUCAUUUAGAUAUUAAAGGUGUUGUUGAAUGUUCUUGUAAUCAUAAUCGUAUGCUUUUACCAGACAACAAAAGAUGCAUUGAGAGCAACAUAUUACAAACAAAUUGUUCAAGUAAUGAAUUUGCAUGUUCAUCAAAUGAUUGUGUGCCUUAUGAAAAUACUUGUGAUGACAUACCUCAUUGUCAAGAUGAAUCAGAUGAAAACAUUAAUUAUUGUGGUGAGUAUCAUACAUUUUGCUUGUAUUUAUAUAGGGUAAUUUUUUUUUUGUAUCAUGAUCCAUCAAAUUUCUAGGUGGAUAUUAAGUGAAUUUAAUUUCUAUUUUUUUUUAUCAUUGCAGAAUUGGUUAAGUUUUAUUUUGAAAUCAUUGUUAGUUUUUUACCCCUACUCUAAAAACCAAGAAUAAGAAUAGUUUUUAAAUCAGAACCCCCCUUAUUGAACACUGAUUCGAAAAUAGAAUAUUAUUCUAGAAAUGUUUAUAUGCAUGACACUAAUAUCAAAUUUACUAUUUAUGAGUUACAACUGUUUAAAGUUGAGAUCAUGAGAGUAGAGAAUGAUAAUAUAUUGUAUAAUGUCUAUUUUAGAUUUUGAGUGGAGCGAAGAUUAUAGUUUUACAAAGAUGGCUUUUUUUUUUAUCUAUGCACAACUUUUUCUACCAACGAUUUUGCUCCAAUUUUUAAUGUUUCUAAAGGGAAAUUUCACUAGCAAGGUACUUUAGAUGGGUAAUUUUACGAUUUUCUCAGGAGUUUUUUCAUCAAAUUUGAAAAACUAAAAAAAUAAACAAGUGUAGCUACUGUUAUAGAUAAUUUUUAAUAUACACCUGAAGUAACGAUAAAACAUUGCUUACGAAAAAAAAAUUCUCAGUAAAAUUCAGUUAAUAGUGAUGCUUUGUCAACAUUAAAUAUGCCAUUUUAUAGUAAAAUAAUUAAAAAGGUUUUAUGUAUUUUCUUUAUUAAUAUUUCUUUAAUGUUGUACCGAUUUUCCUAGUUUUUCUACAUUUUUCCCAGUUUUCCCAUGUUUUAUCCCGGUUUUUCACAUUUUCAAGGAAAUUUAAGUAUACUUUGACAAAAAAGAUUAAACAAUUCCACAAUGACUAAAAAAAAAAAAUAAACAGAUAUCUGAGAUAAAAGCUCAAUUUUUGUUAAAAAAAAUUACCUUUUAUAAUAUGAUGAAUAUAAACUAAAAAAUAUAUAUAUAAUUAUGAUAUUAUAUUAUAUUAAUAUAUAAUCAAUAAUUAUAAAUCUGUAUGUUAAUCUUAAUGUAUAUUGUUAGCUACAAGAUCUUGUCCAGAUGGAUUUUUUUCUUGUCAAGAUAUUUUAAAUCGAUGUAUUCUAAAGGAUCGUAAAUGUGAUGGAAAUUUGGAUUGUUUGGAUGGUUUUGAUGAAAAGGAUUGUUCUUGUCAAAAUUCUACUUUUUUUCGUUGUAAAUCUGGUGAUUGUAUAGCUCCAAAUUUACGUUGUGAUCAUGAUCCAGACUGUACUGAUGCAAGUGAUGAAAUGGGUUGUGGUGUGUUUUUUUUUUUUAAAUUUUAAAUAAUAUAUUUUAUUACUUAUUAAUUGAGUAUUAACUGUUAUAAGAUUUUAAGAGUUGUGAAGAUUUUUUUGAUGAUGCUACUUUAAUAAGCUGUAAUACAACGACUGCUUGUAUUCAUCCAAAUUGGAUUUGUGAUGGCCAAAAUGAUUGCUGGGAUAAUAGUGAUGAACAAAAUUGUUCAACAAGUUAGUUUGACAAUUGAUAGUUAUUUUAACAAUACUUAUUUAAAGUGCAUUUUAUUUCAGUAAAAGACUCUGUAUCUUUGAAAAACAAUUGUUUAUCUACUGAUUUCAAAUGCUCAAAUGGUAAAUGUAUUUCUAAAUCAUGGCGAUGCGAUGGUGAUGAUGAUUGCGGUGAUUCAUUAAAUACCUUACCAUCAUCAGAUGAGAGAAAUUGUUGUAAGUAAUAUUUUAAUAGUUUGUCUUGCUGCCAUAAUUGUUUUACAUGGUUCCUGUUAAAUAGAUAAAGAUUAAUGUAUGCAAGUUAAGAAUUCAAAAUAUAUUUUUAAAUUUAAACCUUUUGUAUCAAGUCUAAAAAUAUUAAGUUAAAAUUGUUUAAAAUAAAAAUUAAUGUAUCAUUAUUUUAUGUUUAGCUGUUAAAUGUAAAUCAUCUGAAUUCCAAUGCAAAACUAAAUUUGAAACAUUUCAGUGUUUACCAACAUCAUGGCAAUGUGAUGAAACUCCAGAUUGUUUGGAUGGCUCCGAUGAACCUAAAAAUUGUUGUAUGUGUUUUAUUAUUAUUGUUAUCAUCUAAAGUGUUAGUUUGUUUUAUAUAUAAAAAAAAAAAAAAAAAAUGGGCAUUUUUGUGUAGUGAGUAGAAAUUGUUCAGAAAGUGAUUUCCUAUGUAAUAAUACUGGACGUUGUAUUCCUUCUACUUGGGUCUGUGAUAAGGAUGAUGAUUGUGGUGAUGGUUCUGAUGAAACUGAAGACAAGUGUAAAAUGUUUAAUAAUACAACUUGUCCUUUAAACCAGUUUGAAUGUGUUAAUAAGAAAUGUUUAUUCGAAGUAAUUAAAUAAAAGGUAUUUAAAAAUAAUAUAUGUUAAAAGUUUAAACUGUAAUUAAUAAUUAGGAAUAUUAUUGUGAUGGCUAUGAUGACUGUGGAGACAAUUCAGAUGAGCCUGAUUAUUGUAAGGUAGUAUGUGAUUCUAUCAGAGAAUUUACUUGUGAAAAUGGUGUUUGUAUUUUACUAACUGAUGUAUGUAAUGGUAAAAAUGAUUGUGGUGAUAAUUCUGAUGAGAAUGUGCACGGACAAGAGUGUAGUAAGUAUCUAAGUAAUUAAAAAUACUUAUUAUAUAUUUUUUUUAUAUAUACAUUUUUUCCUCUAGAUUAUAACAAAGAUGAGUAUUGUUUAUGGCCUGAUUAUUUCUUAUGCAAUAAUAAAAUUUGUGUUGAUGUAAAUCUUACAUGCAAUGGAAUAGAUGAUUGCGGAGAUUUCAGUGACGAAAUAGGGUGCAGUAAGUACCUAUUAAAAAUAAUGUCUAUCUUAAAAUAUAAUAAAUGAUUCAAGUAUAUUUUAUUUUUUCUAAUAUUUUACUUUAGGGUUAAGUAUAUAUAUAUGUUUUAAUAUCCACCAUUAUUUUUAUAUUUUAAUGUGAAAUAAUUAUUGAGGAAAUAACUUUGGAAUUCUUAUUAUGACUUGUAUUAAUAAGUGUUUUGUAUGAUUUAAUAAUUUGUCUUUUUAUAUUUUAGUUUAGUCUUGUGAGUAUAAUAUUUUAUAUAUCAUUAAGAUAUAAAAAUAUUAUAAAUAGUGCUUAUAGAAAUUGAGAUAUGCAUUUACUAAUAUCAACGUUGCAUUGUUAAACGUUUGAAGCAAUUUAUGCAAAAUUAACUGGUAUUAUGACAAAAUAUUGAUAAGAUUGAUUUUAUAAGAAAUAUAAAUUGUCAUAACCAACAAAACUUUAUAGUUUAGUUUCUGCUCUAUAAUAUUUAUAUUGAAAAAGAAAUCUUUUUAUAAAAUAAAAUUCCAUUUAUAAGUACUUAAAAUACAAGUUCAUUAUAAUAUAGAAUGCUCAUGAAUAGGGUUGGAAUUUUAUUGUCUUAAAAAAAAUCAAAAAAAUGAUUCAAAACUCUCAAAAAUGCUAAAAUUAAUUUUAAAAAAAAUGUAUUAACAAUAGCUUUAAAAGAAAAAUCAAACAGAUAUACUUGGCACAAUGGGUGGGCCACUGUUGUAGUUAAGAAGUUGGAAAAUUAGGAUAUAGAAGAAAAUUUAAAUGUAUAUCUGUACAUAUUAAUCUUCUAAUGUAUUUUUAUAUUAAUCUUUACUAACAAAAAACGAUUCUGAGCAAAGUUCUGUUAUAUAUAUUUGAUGGGCUGUAAUAUUUACGAUUUUCGUCAAAAUUUGAUAUUAAAAUUUGUAUAAAAAAAAAAUACUUUCUUAAACUCAAUUUUAAUUUUUGUAUACUACCAAGUAAUACCUAUAAUGAAUCUUCUGUUUAAUUUUCAAGCAUUUCUUUUAAGUUUACAAUUUUAUCUAUCCACAGUACUUAUCAAAUAAAAAUUAUGUAAAAAAACUGUAAUUAAUAAUUUAGCAAAACUGGUAAAUAAACUUAGAAAAAACUGACAAGUUUAUGGAAAUAAUGGUUUAAUUAUAUACAAUUUUAUUUUUGUUGUUAUUUGUUUCAAAAUAUUUGUAAAAACCUGAAAUUUUUACAUGAGAUUGAUGUUAGCCUUAUUAUAUUUUCAAAACAAUUUGGCAAUUUUUGAGGUAUUUUUAUAGAAUCUUUACAUUUUGGGGUUUCUUCUGAGUUUUUAUUUGUUAUGUGAAUAGAAUUGUUUGACUUGACAUCAAUGUUUGAAAAUUUAACAAUAGGUUCAUUAUAAGUUGUAUUUAGUAAAAAAAAAAAAAAAAAAAACAUUAAUGGUUGUCCUAAAGUCCAAUGUUAAUCAGAACGAAUUAUGUUCACUGUACUCAUAUAUAUAUAAAUUUAGAAUAAUGUCCUUCAAAAGGUUGUUGAUAAAAAUAUGCAAAAUAAACUUUAUGAAAUACUUAUAACUUAUAAGUAUUUCAUAAGUAGUUCAUCUUAUAAGUUAUAGGAUUUCAGUUAUAUAUAUAUAUAUAUACAAUUUAAAUAUUUGGGCUUUAAAACAUUUAACAAUCGAUUAUGGAAUUAUGAUUCGACAUUUGUAAGAUAUUCAAUUAUUUAGUAAUAGAAUAUGUGGAAUAUGUUGUCAUUUAAUUUCUAUAUUGUUAUAAAAUUUACUUAAACUUAAAAUGAAUGUGAAAGCAGACUACAAAAGUAUUAUUUGAAUAAUAGAGAAAGAAUUGUACUAGAUCAAUUAAAUAUUUAAAAUAUAUUUACUUAAAUUAAGCUUAUAGACAAAUUAUAAAUUAUUUGAUAAUAAUUUGGGAUUUGUUCAGAUGUGAAUGAGUGUUCAUUUGAAGAAGUUCAUUAUUGUGAGCACAUAUGUAUCGACCAUCCGGUUGGUUAUGAGUGCAAAUGUCAUCCUGGUUAUAAAUCUGUUGGUUCUUUUUGCCAUGAUAUUAAUGAAUGCAACUCUUCCGAUGUAAUAAAACCUUGCAGUCAAAUUUGUUAUAACACAAUCGGAUCUUUUAAGUGUGAUUGCACUUCAGGGUACACAUUAUUACCAGACAAAGCUUCAUGCAAAGCUUCAACAAGUAAUAUUAAAAAUUCUAUUUAGUGUGAAUUUUUUUUUAAUAUUGUAAAUAUUUAUGAUAAACAUUAACAUUUUUUUUUUAGUUGAAAAGCCAAUUUUAGUUUUUGCAAAUAAACAUUACAUUAAACAGAUUGAUUUACUAGGAAUUGAAACUGAAAUUCUAGUUGAUAAUUUAACUAAUGUUGUUGCUGUUGAUUAUGAUUAUUCUGAAAGUUGUUUGUAUUGGUCUGACAUUACUAAAUACGGAAGCACAAUUAAACGCAAAUGCAAGGAUAAAUCUGCAGAGGUAUUAUUAUCUUUUUAAUUAAUUUGAAUGAUUGCUUGACUAAUAAAAAUUUGUGGUUUAUUUAGCGAUUGCAUGGCCCAGUCAUUUAUAGUCCUGAUGGUAUUGCAGUUGACUGGGUUGCUAAAAACCUAUAUUGGUGUGAUAAGGGCAUAGACACUAUUGAAGUAUCUAAAUUAAAUGGUCAAUUUAGAAAAGUAUUAAUAAAUAAAAAUUUACAAGAACCUAGAGCCAUUAGUUUAGAUCCUAUUCGUGGAUUUAUGUACUGGACUGAUUGGGGGGAAGUGCCAUAUAUUGGUAAGGCAGGAAUGGAUGGAAGUGAACCCAAAGCAAUUUUAAAUGAAUCACUUGGUUGGCCCAAUGCUUUAGCAAUAAGUUUAGCUACAGAAGAACUAUUCUGGGCAGAUGCAAAAGAGGACUAUAUUGCUUAUUCAGACUUAAAUGGAAAUAAUAGACGUGUGAUCAUGAGUCGAAGUAAGUUUACUGGUAUUUAUAAAAACACUAGUUUAAUUAUUAUAUUUCAAAAUGUUUGUAUUUUAGUCAUGAAUCCUUCUGUGAAUAUUCACCAUGUGUUUGCAAUUACUUUGUUUGAAAAUUUUGUUUACUGGUCAGAUUGGGAAACUAAAAAUAUUCAUAAGUGUCAUAAAUAUUCUGGACAAGGUUGUCAAAAUGUUACAUCACUCGCUUAUAGACCAAUGGAUAUAAAAAUUAAACAUCCUCUGCUACAACCAUCAAGUAAAUUAAUUUUCAAUUUUUGCUUAUAAGGUGCAACAUUACAAUGUUAUGUUUAUUUAAGUUUUAUUAUUGAGCAUUAUUUAUUACCUAUAUAAAUUAUAUUUAUUAUUAACAAAUUAAUUUAUUUAAUUUAGGAGUAUACAACCCAUGUGAAAAAAACAAUGGUGGAUGCAAAGCUUUAUGUCUUUUAUCUCCAAAUUUGGGCAGAAUAUGUGCAUGUCCUCAAAAUUUUAUUCUUGCACCAGAUAAUAUGAAUUGUAUUGCUAACUGUUCUUCAAUGCAUUUUGUGUGUGUAAAUACAUUUAAGUGUAUACCUUUCUGGUAUCAUUGUGACAAACAUGUAAUUUAUAACCAUUUUAUAUUUAUUUAUUUAAAAAAAUAAAUAUAAUUUAUAAAUCUACUUUAGGAUGAUUGUGGUGAUGGUUCUGACGAACCUGACAAUUGUGCAGACUUUCAGUGUAUGUCUGGACAGUUUCAAUGUACAAAUCUUCAGUGUAUACACCCAUCACAAAUAUGUAAUGGUAUUUCAGAUUGUAAAGACAAUUCAGAUGAAGAUAAUUGUGAAAAUGUAAUGAAAAAUAUUGUUGAAUACGUUUUUUAAUAUUAAGUACAGAAAUACUAAUCUUAUUUUUUCUGAUAUACACGUUUUACUUUUAAAUUACCAAAUUCUAUUAUUAACCUAUCUAAGUUAUGAUUUUAUAAUUUGGUUAUAUAUUGUAUUGCUCAAUCAUAGAUAAUUAAAAAUAUUAACUAUUUUUUAAUGUUUAUUAUGUAGUAUACAUGUCUCGAAACGCACUUUAAAUGCCAACGUGGUUCUCUAUUGAGUAAAUUGCCAAAACCAACAUGUAUAUCCAAUCAGUUAAAAUGCAACGGGUUCAAUGAUUGUUUAGAUGGUGAAGAUGAAACAGAUUGUAAAUUAAAAGCAUGCGGUGUAAAAGAGGUAUAUAAUACAAUAUAAAUUUUUUGCAUGCAAGUUAAAAUAAAUAAUUCUAUACAAUUGACAAUAUUAUUCUGUUCUUAUAGUUUGGUAGUCUGUUUUUUUUUCCUUUAAAAAUAUUAUAAAAUAUUAUUUAAUAAGAAUAAACUUAAAGUUUAAAUUCUGAGUGUAGAGAAGAAUGUAUUGGUUUUACAGAUGUUUAUUAUUUGUUAACAUUGUGUACUAAAAUUCUACUAGAAAGCUUACUCCAAAGUAUACAAUGCAGACCCUUUUCCAAAAGGAAAUUUUCUUGGGGUGAUACUUUAAGGAGGUUAUUUUUUAAAUUUCCUAGAAAUUUUCUUGACAAAUGUAAAAAAAAAACAUGGAAAAAUCGGUACAGUAUUAAAUAAACAUUAAAAAAAAUAUAUAAUGACUUAAUUAUUUGAUAUGACAUAUAUUCUUUACAAAGCAUCACUAUCAAUUGAACUCCUUUCAGAAUUUUGUUUUCGUAAGCAAUGGUUUAUUUUUGCUUACAAAUAUACAUUAAAUUCCCUUCUGUAUCCUACCUUUCCAACUUCUCACCUACAACAGUAGCUGCACCCAUAUGCGAAGUAUGUCUGUAUUUUUGUAUGAAUAAUUUUAAUGAUUUAUCAUUUUUAGUUCACAUGUGAAAAAACUGGAAAAUGUAUUCCAAAAGUGUUUGUGUGUGACGGUGAACAAGAUUGUGGUUUUGGUGAUACUUCUGAUGAACCAACAAAUUGUACUUCUAGAACGUGUGCACCAGAUGAGAUACGCUGUAAUAAUGGUCGAUGUAUUCAUUCAACAUGGAAGUGUGAUGGAGAAAAAGACUGUCCUGAUAUGGAAGAUGAACCAUCUUCUUGUUUUAAUGUUACCUGUGACCCAACAUACUUUAAAUGUGCUAAUGGAAAGUAAGUUAAUUUUUAUAUUCAUUAGGAAUCUGAACUAUUUAAAUCAUAAUUCAGAUGAUGAAAUAGAUUAUGAAUAUUAGUAGUGGGUUUAACUAUUAUUAAUGCAUAAAAUCUGUUAUUAGGUGUAUUCCUGGACGCUGGCGAUGUGACUAUGAAAAUGACUGUAGUGAUGGAUCUGAUGAAACAAGUUGUUCACCAAGAAAUUGUUCAGAAUACGAAUUUAGGUAUUAUUAAAACAAACAUUUGUUAGUACUUUAGUACUUUCUAGAUAUACAAUUUUUUAAAUAUCUAGCUUUAUAAAAUAUUUUUUUUUUUGGUUAUACGUAUACAAAACUUAUUUUGAUCCAUAAAAAAUAUUUGAUAAUUUGAUACAAAGUUUUACAAAGUAUGUAAAAAAAUAUAAGUAUGAUGUUUCAUUUAUAUAAAUGUGUUUCAAGUUAAAAUGACAAAAAAAGAGCUGAUACUAGGGAUGGGUUUCGCCAUUGUUGGUGAGAAGUUGGGAAGGUAGGAUACAUAAGGUUAUUUAUAUCUAUAAGCAACGAUAAACCAUUGCUUGAUAAAAGACAAUUCUUAGCGCAGUUCGGUAUACAUAAUUUGAAAUGCCAUUAUUUUUUUUGCGAUUUUUGAUUAAAUUUAAUUUCAAAACACUUAUUAAAAAAAAAAGUCCAAUUAUUUUGGAAAUUUCAUCACGUAGGUAAGUCUAAUAUAAGUAUUAUUACAAAGUUUCAAAUCUCUACGUGUAUUUAUAAUGGAAUUGCAAUAAAAAAACUCCCAAAAAUUUUAAUUCCUUAAAAGCUUAAAAGUGGCUUAAAAGUUAAGGCAAUGAUACAGUAAGAAAUUAAAUCAAAAAGGUAACAAAAAAGGUGUCUUGUGAUUUUUCGAUUAAAUAAUUUUUCCUGGUAGAAAACGUUGCCCGUGUUUUUAUAAAAUAAUGAAAUUUUACAUUUUCUCACUUAAGUGCUUUUAUUUAAAAAAAGACUUUAAAAAUUUAAAAAAUUACUUUUGUAAAGUGCAAUCUAGACAAUCUAGAAUAUUUAAGAAACAAGCUGCUCUACAAUUUUAUAUUUAUGUUAAUUUUGGGGGUGAAACCACUAUUUACUUCUGAUUUUCAAAUGGCAAUCUAUAUUAAAAAUUCCAUUAAUAGAUAAAAUAUUAGUUCUAAUAAAUUUUGGUGUUAACAUUUUGAUUUCCAUCAAUCCGUUGACAUGAUAUUCCACUUUUAACUUUGGGUUGGGGAAGAGUGGUAAUCCAUUAUUAACAUGUUGCACGCCAUACCACCAUAUAAAUGAUACUCCACUACUUUCCACCAACCUAAACUUACAAAAAAAUGAAAUUAAAAUUCUCAAAAAAAAAAUUGUAAAUUUGUUAUAUUAAAUUGUUGAACUUUUAAUAUUAUAAUAAAUUUAAUUCAAAUUCAUAUCAAUUAUGUUUAUUUUUAGAUGUUCUGAUGGCCAAUGUAUACCAGCCAGUCGAAAAUGUGAUGGUAAACCUAACUGUAAUGAUAAUAGCGAUGAGGCUGAAUGUGAUUCACGUGUAAUGUGUGAUGACGAUGACUUUCAUUGUAAUGGUUCCUACCAUUGUAUUUCAUUGUAUGUUUAAAUAAAAAUAUUUCAUUUUAAAAAGGCAAAAUUAAAUAAUAUGAUUUAGCCAUUCUCGUCCGGUAAAUAGUGUUAAAAAUUAGGCGAUCAGGAAUUGAACCUGAAUAUUGCUCUACCAUUGAAUUACGCGAUACUUAACUUCCAACACUAUAUCCACUAGACUUGAAUGGCGUAAUAUUCUGGGUUUGGGUGAUUAGUAAAAUGGGCGUGUGUACAAUUGUGGGAACAGUGCGGCACUUAGGUUCAGUUUCAACUAACAUUUAAAGUACUAUAUUAAAACAAAAUUUAUAUAGAAAAUGGAGAUGUGAUGGAGACCAAGAUUGUCCUGAUGGUUCUGAUGAAUGGAAUUGCACAGAUAAAAUUGGCAAAGGAUGUUCAAUUAGUCGUAAUGGACAAUUUGUAUGUAAUAACGGUGAUUGCAUAUCACUGGGAAAUAGGUGUGACGGCGAAGAAGAUUGUGCUGAUGGAAGUGAUGAAAAUCGUACAAUGUGUGCAUUAGUUUCUUGUCCACCUGGCAAAUUUCGUUGUAAUAAUAACAAUUGUGUAUUUUAUACAAAUGUCUGCGAUGAUUUAGAUCAUUGUGGUGAUGGUUCUGAUGAAACUAUAACUGCAUGUAAGUUUACAUUUUUAUAAUGAUAAAUUUGAUGUAGCAAUUUUAAUUAUUUGCGAUUUAUUUUAGAAUUAAUUAAUAAAUUAUUACAAAUUUAAAACCUAACUAAAUAUUUAAAUUUACAUUUUGUAUAUAUGUAUUAUUUAUUUAACACAAAUUAUAUUUUGUAGUUCAAUUUGUAGAAUUUGUAUUCAAUGAAAAUAUAAAUAGUUAAUAAAAAUAUAUAUAUAUUUAAAAUAAAUUUUAAUCAUUUCUAAAUGAACAAUAUUCUGAUAGAACAUUCUAAUAAAUAAUAUUUCGACUUAAACUAAUAUUGGAAGCAUUUAAUGAAUAAAUUAUAAUUGGUAUAAAAUAUAUUUAAAACAAAUUCUACUUUUUGAAUAAUUUUUCAAUUUUAUAAUUGAAAAUUAGCCAUUAGUCUUAUAACUUUUAGAUUUAGAAAAUUAGUCUUAUAGUAAUGGCAUAUUUUAAUCUAUAAUUAUGAUAAUAUGUUCAUAAUUAGAUUUUAUAGAAAAUAUAUAUUUUUGUAGAAUUAUCUAAAAAAUUGUAUGAUUAAAGAACUAAUAUAUUUUAUAUAGAAUUUUAUUUUUGAUUGAUUUAAUAAUUUUUUUUAAGUGUACACUUUAUGUUUUCAUAACAAUUUCAUAUUUCAAGUUAAAAAAAAGAAUAGCAAUAUUUGUUAAGGUAUAUUACAAUGUAUAUUUAAAAAUGUUAAGUACUAAGAAGUCUGGGUGAUAAUAUUAAUUAUAGUUGAUUAAUAAUUAUUAAUUAAUUGAUUUUCAAAUUCUAUUAAAUACAUGUAUUGUAUAAACACUUUUAAAUCAAUGCUUGGUUUUAAAAACUAAUUAUAAUAAACUCUAGUGUUUCUAUUGCUUUAAAGUUAAUAUCACAUUUUGCUUCGAUGUGAGUGAAACAAGAAGAUAAUCCAACAAAUAGUAUACUGUUGCUUAAUAAAUGUAAAUAUAAAAUGUAAAACCUUUUUUUUUGGUUCAGGUGCAAGUGCCAGUCAAAUAUGUGAUUCAAGUAAAUUUAGAUGUGCAAAUGGACAGUGUAUAAAUCGUAAACUUCGAUGUAAUGGACAUUAUGACUGUUUAGAUAAUUCAGAUGAGUUUUUAUGCACUAAUGUAAUAAAAACAUCUUGUCAAUUUGGGUCAUGUUCUCAAAUUUGUUUACCCAAUAAAAAUUCCACUCAUUCUUGUCAUUGUGCCCGUGGUUAUAGUGUAACUCUUCCCAAUAAAUCAUGUCAGGCACAUGGUAAGAAUCAAAUUUUGUUAUAUUUAAUGUUUGUUUGUUUUUUAUUUUAAAUAAUUACAGGUGCAUCAGCUUUAUUAGUUGUGGCCAGUCAUGAGGGAGAUAUUUUCUUUGUUGAUCCGUACAAAUCUCAUGAAAAUUUAUUUAAAUAUUCUGCUGUUACAUUACCAGCUCAUAAAAUACAUUCAAUUGAUAUAUUUUGGAACUCAAAUUCAACAUAUCUGUUUUGGAGUGAUAAUAAUUCAAAAGCCUUGUAUUCUACAGUUAUUGAUAAUCCAGUUAGAUCAUUAAAUCGGUCCGCUCGUGAUAUGAAUACUGUUAAAAAAAUUGUAAGAUUUUUAAUUAAAUUUAGUUUUCUUAGUCAUACAAAUAACUUCUUCUUUCUGGUACUCAGUACUUAAGAGUUUUAGCUGUCAUGAUCUCUUUCUCUACUUUCUUCAAUCUCUCCAUUCUUGCAAUUCCAAUCGAUCAAGUUCCUCUUCAACAACAUCUAGUCAUUUUUUCCUAGGUGGACCUCAAAGUCUUCCUCAUCAGUUUCUAAUUCAUGACAAUUCUAAUCACACUGUGUUCACUACUCUACAUCACAUGUUCUAGCCAUUGGAUUAGAUAUCCUUUAACAAAGCUGAUGACUGAUAUCCUUUCCAUCUUUUUUUUUGUAGCUCUUUAAUGAAUUUUUUGCUCCAUGUAUUUUAUUCAUUAUCAUAAAUUGGUCCCCAUAUUCUCUAUAUUUAUAAAUGUCCUAAGUUUUCUCUCACUGAAACUAAAGGUAUUCCCAUUCGUCUCAUACUUAAGAAAGAGUAAGCUAUAUUAUCGCCGUAUAAAGUUUUAUUUUAUUCGUUUUAAAAACUUCUUAAGAAUGAAGCACAUCUUCCAGCUUUAGUUAUUCUCAAUCCUAUUUCUCCCUUUGUUUGGAUUAAUUGAUAUUUAUAUUUUCCCCUCGUUAAGUUUCUGGAAUAUCCAAUAGCUCUAUUAAAAAAAUUUUCAAUUAAUCUUUAAAGGUUCAUAUACCGUAAACCCAUUUCCAAAGUGAUGUAAUUCUUCCAUUCUUGAGAAAAAUAAUGUAUAUUUCCCCACUUUUAGCUGUCCUAUCACUGAUCAUUUUAUCUUAUUUUAUUUUGAUUAAAUAAAGUUUUCUUAGUUCAUGUUAUUUAGACAACAUAUAAUUUUAAAUAAUAUAUAAUAAUAUUUAGAUUCAAAGUGAAGGCACACCAGAAAGUAUUGCUAUAGAUUGGGUAUCAAAAAAUGUAUAUUGGAUUGAAAAUUAUAUGCGUUCUAAAGUAAUUAAAGUGGCUACAGUGGAAGGAAAACAUAUAAAAACAUUGAUCAAAUUUGAAACAGACCGUAAACCACAAAAUAUUGUGUUAGAUCCUCAAUCUGGGUAUUGUGUAAUUUUAUAAUUAUUGUUAUGCAUAGCACUUAAUAUUAAGCUUACUUUUUUACUGUUGAUCUAUCAAUAAAUUAUAUUUUUAAUACAUUUUUUUAAUGUGUUUUAAAUGUAUUUUUUUAUUCAAUUAUUAUUUAGGUCAAUGUAUUGGACUGAUUUGGGGCACAAACCUCAUAUAGAAACAUGCUCAAUGGAUGGUAGUAAUAGACAAAUUUUUAUUAGUGAUUCUGUUCGAAGUCCUGCAGGUUUAACAAUUGAUUAUGCAGCUCGUAGAUUGUAUUGGACUGACACAAAACCCUACACCAUAGAAACAGUGUCAUUAGAUGGAAAAGGACGUAAAGUUAUAUACAAAUUUCCUAAAGGUAUUUAUAGUAGAUUGUUAUAAGUUGAUAUGUUAUUAUUUUCAUAUUAAUUUAAUUACUGUUAUUAUAGAAUAAUAACAAAUAUGAGUAAUCACAUUAAUACAUAUUAAACCUUAAAUAACUUUAAAACUUGUUGAAGUUGUUAAGUUGUUCAUAUUGUUGCCUUGAAAAUCAAAUCAUGGGAGAUUUGUUCUAUAUUUAAUUUGCUAGUUAUAAAAUUAAAAGAAUGUAAUUAUAAUCAAUCAAUCAAGCAACAGAAAAUUUGACAAAAUGCAAUUACAUUUUAAAUAAAUAUUAAAUAAUUUUUAGCUUUAUUCAUCAUAUAAGUGUCACCUAUAUGUUAAACUUGUGUUUGAACAAUAUUUACUACUGUUUCGAUAAAGUAAUCAAGGGCAAGGUGAUUAACUUGGUACAUUCUGUUUCUAAUAUUAUCUUUUUUCCUUUCAAUUUAAUCCUAGCUAUUUGGGUUUGAUUAUUCUUGUUCUAAACUUCCACUUGACCUGAUCUCUCACCCAUGAAUUACAGUACAUUUUUUUCUAUUAUUAAAAAAAUGUAUGAUUAUAAUAAACUUAUAUAAUUUGAAUAGGUAAACAUCCUGCUAAUAUUGAGUUAUUUGAAGAUUCAGUUUAUGUGGCACUUUUGACUACAAUUGUACGGAUUGAUAAAUUUGGAGAUAAAAAUAUGACAGUCUUAUCGAAAAACAUUUUUAGGGCUACUGAUUUAGUUAUAUUACAAGAGAAUAAACAUCCAACUGACUGUAAGUGUACACUGUAACAUAUUUUUUAUUCUUUCAAAUACAAAUAGUUUUUCAAAACAAUUUUUUAUAUAAAUAUUUUAGUGACUAAUUAUUGUGCUAUUAGUCCAUGUCAUCCAACUACAUUGUGUGUUCCAACACUUCUGAGUUUAAAUCUCAGUAAUAGAACUUGUUUAUGUGCUGAUGAUCAAUCAGAAGUACAAACAUCAACUGUAAUUAUAAUCAAUUACAUUAUUUACCCUAGCAAAUAUAUUGAAUUUUAAUAUUUUAAAUUUGUGUUUAUAGGAUAUUAAAUGUGUGGCUAAGCCAAUCCCACCUAUUAUUUGUGACCCACCGUGUAGUAUGGGGGUGUGUGAGUCAAAUGGCACAUCAGCUCUAGGUCAUUGUAAAUGUGAUCCAUUUUUCACUGGAGAUACCUGUGAUGUUUAUUCAUGUCAUACAUUUUGUCAUAAUAAUGGCAUUUGUUUUGUUGAACCUGGACCAACUUCUGAUAACGAUACUAUAGUUAAAGUACUAUUAUUAUUAUUUUUUUUUUUAUGUAUAUGUAUAUAAUUAAAAUUAAUAAUAAUGUUAUUUUAUUAGUGUAAAUGUACUCCUAAAUGGACAGGCGAUGUAUGUGAUAUUCCUGUACCUUCAAGAGGUUGUCCAGGUGGUUGUUUGAAUGGUGGAAGUUGUAUUGACAACAUUUGUGAUUGUUUACCAGGGAUAACAGGUUUAUAAAUAAUUUAUAUGUAUUAUCUAAUCUAGUUAUUAAAUAUACAUUUUUAUUUUUAUAUUCAAUAUGUAUGUGUAUAUUUCAGAUUAUAAAUUACAAUAUUAUAAUUUUUAUAGGUAAAAACUGUGAGAAAUGUGUGAAUGUCGAUUGUAAAAAUGGAGGAAUUUGUAUGAUAUCUGAUUCUGGUAUUGGUGAAUGUCUGUGUGCUGCUGGAUUUAAAGGACCUUCAUGCACUGAAUCUGAUUGUGAUCAUUACUGCAAUAUGCAGGUAUGUUAUAGAUUCUAUAAGAUUCUAUAGAUUUUAAAUGUUCUAUAAUGUAGAACAUUUAAAAGUAAAAAUACUUAAUUAUUUUUUUAAUAUAAUUUUUCUUUUUAGGGAACUUGUUUUUUAGACUCUAAUGGUCCUAUUUGUCGAUGUCAUGUAGGAUUUACUGGACAGCACUGUGAAUUCAAUUCUUGUACUGACCAAAUUUGCUUAAAUGGAGGUAGGGGGUUAAAACUAAAAACAAUAAUAAACUUAAGUGCUUUACAAAAAUAGUUACUUAGACAUGAGGGAUUACAUUAUGAAAUAAAAAAACUUUGAUCAUAUAAGUUCAUAAUUAUUUAUUAAUUUCUUUAUAUAUAAUUUUUAGGAAUGUGCUAUAUCAAUGACCAGAAUAUUACUGCGUGUUUAUGCCCACCACAGUUUAAGGAUCCAAAUUGUCGAAUAGAUAUUUGUAAUUGUUCAUGUUCUAAAAAUGAUCAUGAGUGUCACAUGUACUGUCCUAAUCGAAAUCAUCCUAUAUGUGAUAAGUUAAAUGAAACUAUGAAUUUGUGUCAUCCAGAAUUGUGCAAAAAUGGUGGUACUUGUAUUAUUGUAAACGGCCUGCCUACCUGUAGGUAAGUAAAAUAAUAUUCAUAUCGAAAAUUACAAGUUUUUAGUUAUUAUUUUUAUUACUUAUUAGUUAUAAUUAAUAAUUUAAUGCAUUUUUACUGUAAAAUAAUUAUUGCUAUUUUAAUUAUAUUUUUUUUAGGUGUGUGGGGCUUUGGGGUUCACCUGAUUGUAGUAAUAUAGUAGUUGAUUCGGGCUCUUGCUUAGGAUAUUGUUAUAAUAAUGGCACAUGUUAUUUUGAAUCAAAUUCUGGAGUUGAUGAACCAUAUUGUAAUUGUAGUAAAGGAUGGACCGGGAAACAAUGUACUGAUCGAUUCACUUGUACCAACUAUUGUCUAAAUGGCGGCACAUGUAUAGAGCCUGAAGAAUCAACUGGAAGUUUAUCAUGCCAGUAAAUAUAAUUAUGAAAAUUUAGUUUUAAAUAUUAUAUAAACAAAAAUAUAUUUUUUAGUUGUCAUAAUCAUUAUGAUGGUGAUAGAUGUCAAACACAAUUAAUAGUAGUAUAUGCAGAACACAAAAAUAAAAACCUUAUAAACUCAUUGUGGAUAAUAUUAUCAAUUGCCAUGCUGUUAAUUGUUGUUACUGCUACUACUUAUUAUUUUACCAAACUUAGAAGAAGGUAAGUUAAAUUUCAAAUCUAUUUUUAUUUGAAUUUUAGAUUCUGAGCAGAGUGAGUUAGAUAUUGCUUUUACUAUGAUGUAUACUAUUUGUCCAGUAUUCACCUAAUUUUAACCAGAUGAUUAGUUUUAUUUCUUAACAUAAUAAAUGAUUUCUAUCAAUAUUUUUUAUCUAGUCAGUACAUUAAAAAAGUCGUUUUUAGAAAUAUCUUGUACUUUUUUUAAUAAUUAGGGAAACCAUAUUAUACAAAAGUUUUAGAAAGAAUUGUUUUGUUUUUUUUAUAUAAUUAUAAACAUUUAAUGUUUUCACCAUUUUAAUAUUGGUACUGGUUUCUAGAUAUAUUACAAUUUUCAAAAUAUUUUGGUGAUGGUUAUUUAUAAAUACAGUGAAACCUAUCUAAAAUGGACACCUCCCUUAACAGACAAAAUAAUAAAAGAUAGAUAUUCUAAUGUAUUUCAAAUUGUCUAUUAUGGACAGUAAUACUUUUUCCCAAUACCUUAAUAAUGGACAACUAUUUUAGUUCAAAAUUUUCAAACGUGUAUAUACAUACCACGCAGUAUUUCAAAUACCGAAUUUGACAAAUUACAUGUUUGAUAAUAAAGAGAAAGUUAAUUACAAGGACAGAAAUCUAAACACGUAUUUAAAACGUAAAGAUUAUUUAGUGUUUACUCCAUAUCGUUUCAUUAUUAUAGUGUUGCACAUUUUUAUCUGUUCUUUUUAAUUUUUUACUUUGCAAUGACACCCCCCAAAAAAAACUAUAAUGAGAUACUUUUUUAAUUUACGUUAAUCUCUCAUUUCGUAUCCAUUUUUGAGGCUUGUCAUCCGGUCAAAAUGCUGCAUCAUCAAAUCCUUCCAACUAACAGAGUUUACAAAGAAUGCUCUGUUCACAGUAUAUGUUACAAUCAUUUGUUUAAUAUUAAUACAUAUUAUGCUAAAUGUAAUAUAACUAGGGGUUCUUAACACCGUGAUAUAUCUAGCACAAAGUAUGUUUAAUUUUUGAAAAUGCAUUUAAUUUUGUCAUCUAUUUUUCAGAGGUCGCUCAUUUUUACAUGUGCGAAUGCAAGAAAAUAUAGAAGUCAAUAACCCAAUGUAUAUACAAGAUGAUAUAGAUGAUGAAGAUAUUCAUUUGGACCGGGCUUUCCCAUUACAAGAAAAAGUAUUCAAACUGUUUAAACUAUUGUAUAUAUUGUAUCUUAUUUAAAUUGUAUUAUAGCCUAGUGGAAAUUUCGGAAACCCUGUGUAUGAUUCUGUAUACAGUGCUGGUAGUAGUACUUCAGUAACUGGUAGUGAAGAAAGCAAAGGUCUUUUACAGAGUACAAACUUGAUGAAUCAAAUAUUAUCACCAGAAAAUAGUCAAGAUGAAGCAUGAAGGUAAUUAAUGAAAGAUUUGAUCGUUCAAUUAUUUUUCAACUGGUAUUGACUUAUUAAAAAAAAAAUAUAUACCAAGCAAUAUUAUUUCAUUGUUUGCUUUAUUCUAAACUAUCUGAAGAGAACUUGUAAAUUAGAAUUGUAUUAAUUGUACAAUCAUUUAUCGUCAUUAAUAUUAGUUCCUAUUUCUGUAUGAAUGUAUCAGUACAAUAAUAUUUUCCAUUUUAUUUAUCUUAUUAAUAAGUAAAACAUUAUCCCAAGUUCAGCAAAAUUUGCCUUUAAUUCAGUAAAUGCUCAAUGUAUUAGAAUACAAUAUUAUAUUGAUGUAAAUAUUAAAUAAGACUUGAAAUUUUGAACACAUACAUGUAUAUUGUUCAUAAAUUUGAAAACAUACAUACAUAUACAUAAAAUCUUCAAUAUAUUUUGUUAAUGGUCUUUUAAGCUAGUAGUGUAAUACCUAAAUAAAAUUGUUUCAUUUGAAUGUUACAUUUUUAUGCAGUUAUAUUAUAUUCAAUGAUCAUUUAUGAUCUACUGUUUUAGACAAAUUUUACAUUAUUUCUGGGAGAUAUAAAAGAACUAAUUGUUAAUUUAUUAUACAGUUAUUUAGAUUUUAUUUCUUUGUAUAUUAUCAGGAUUCCCCUUCUUUUAGAAAGGGUGAAUAUUUUGAUUUUAUAUCCCGAUCUGUUUAUAAACAAUUACAUAUCUCCUAAUUUUUGUUUUAAAUUAAUAUCUGAACAUUUUAAGAAAUUUAUAUUAUAAUAAACUGAACCAUUCAAUUUGUGAUUUAAAUUAGGUUAGUCAUAGUAAUGUGCAUCUUUUGUCAAUUUUAAAUUUAUACGUUACCAGGAAUAAUGUGAUUGUACUAUUUCAUUAACUGAUUAGAAUGUUGAUAUGGUCCCUUCUUACUGUGAGUUACUUAGAUAUAAGUUGUUUUUAAUUUACCCUAUUAAUAUAAUAUUUUAUAAAACAUCACAUUUUAUGUAUUAUACAUGUUCUGUUAUAAUGUACUGUAGUUAGCAUUUCUGAUUAGUAUUUAAAUAUUUGAUACUAGAACAUAGUAUAAUUUUGUAGAUGUAUAUACAAAUAUACACAUGGCAAUCUAUUAAAGCUUAACUAAAAUUUUGAAUCUAAAAUUUCUCAAAAGCACAUAAUUUAACAUUCUUUGAAUAAUUAAUUUUAAUUCUAUGUUAUUGCAGAUGAUAUAUUUAAAUUGCCAUAUUGUAAAACGAUGCAUAUCUUUCUCUAUUUGAAACCUAAGACUUAAUAGUUUUUGUUUUUUUUUUGCUCAAAUAUAAUUUAAACUUUAAAUGUAUGUAUAUUAGAUUAUAUCUAACAUAGUUUGCGUUAAGAUAUUGUAGAAAUGAUAAAAUUGAACCUUAUUAUUUUAAGUUGACCUAUAUGAAUGGUUGUGAAUUAAGUUAUUAAAAACUAUAAGCGUUAAAAGGUCUUUGUCCGUUUGCUAAUUAGAAAUAAAUGUGUUUAGAUUUGGCAUUAUACCUAUUACAUAUAACUAACUCAGUGUUUGUAAAAAGAGUUAUAUUUUUGAUUAGUGAGCCCAAAUUUAAAUUAGUACAAAUGUAUACUUUAAUCUUGCCUAAAUAAUCUCAUUCCAAUUUGUUGUGUUCUUACCCUUUUUUCCAAGUUCCAUUCCUUAUCAUGAUUAAUUGAACAAUAUUUUAAUUUUAAGAGACAUUUUGCCAUUGUAAGAUAGGUAUAUUUUUUAUUUGUGAUGUUAUUUUUGAUUAAGGUUAAUACAAUAUGUCAUCUAAAAUGCCAAACUUUAAUGACAAUUUUAUUUAUUUCAAUCAUAUUUCUUUAAAAAUGUUACAGUUUUAUAAUUAGAGAUUAUAUGUAAGUAUAACAUGUAUGUACUAUUGUAUAAAACAAACAUAUUCAAACAAAUACAUAUUGUAUAUUAUAAUGUUAAAUAUUAAUUGGUUGGGUAAUAAUAUUAAAUGAGAUUAUAUUAAAUUUCAAUUAAACUAUUAUGUUUACAUAUCUACCUAGAAAAUUUUGACUUGUGCAAGUGUUUUUUAUCUGAAUUAAUUGUCCAUACAACUAGUCUAACUGUAUACUUCUUAUGAUUGAUUUACAAUAUUUUUUAUUUUUAUUUAAUUUUAUACUUAUUGUUAUAUGUAAACAGAUGCGUAACCAAGACUUUCUCAUGGGAGGGAGGUUUUCUAAAUUUGAUUAAUAAAUUUACUUGUAUUUUACAUUGUUGUUUGAUAUCAAUUUUUAAAUUUUAUUUAAUCUUGAUAAACAUGUAUUCUACCAAUUUUUAAGGAGUAAAAUUCAUGGGGUGUUGUGACUUGAUUACUCCUCGCUUGACAACGCAUCUGUGUUCACUCUUACAUAAUUUUGAUGUAACAAAUAAAUAUUAUAUUGCCUUAUACAAAAUCAAACUAAAUUUAAAACUUUGUAAACGAUAAUAAUUUGAUUUAACCCAUGUGCCAUAUAUUUUGUGAAAAAUUAUUUUACUUAUUAUAAUAUAUACAUAAAACUACUUAUUUUA